GCCGCAGUGGAAGUCUUUGGUCUGGUCCAGGAGUUACUUCCUGCUGUCUCCGCUUUGAACCAGAAGUAUGCGCAACUGGCUUUCAACCCCAACCAAUCAACAGACAGCACCAUGGGCAACCAGCUGGAGCAGGGCCUAUCGGCAUGCACCACCUCCAGUCACUAUGCUGUGAUAGAGAGUGACCACCCUUACAAACAGGCCGGAGUCACACAGUAUAAGGUAAAGCACGCACACAAACACACACACACACACACACACACACACACACACAGUGAAGUGGGACUGUUCCCAACAUAGGAAUUCUUAGUCAAGGGUAAAGAAAAGUAUAUAUCAAGCAGAACUGGACGUAUUAUAUUAACCAGAAUGUGUAUUUGUUUAUUUGGAUCCCCAUUAGCUUUUGCAGAAGCAUCAGCUACUCUUCCUACCAUAACUGUUUCAUGGCUUUAACCAUCUUCUCCCCCUUCACACCUCAGGUGUCAUUCCCGGACUGCGUGCGGUGGACCACGAUCGAGUUUGACCCCCAGUGUGGCAUGGCCCAGCCAGAGGAUGUCCUCCGCCUGCUCAUCCCCAGCCAUUCACUCCACCUGUCCAGCCUGAGCACCAAGCCCCUGGUCCACGACACCAUCAACACCUGGGUGGAGCUCAAGAAGAUCUCCGGCUCCAAUGGCUGGCCCACCACUGUCCUAGUGCUGCCAGGUAAGAUAAAAGCGGUCCAACGCUUCACCUCCUCUCUGAUGAAACACUUUGAUGAAACGCCUCCAUAUUUUUAGAUGAAUAAUUAUUGUUCUGUGGCGCAUCCUGAUCGGGCAAAACUAGUUGUAAUUACCGGUACUUAAUUUCAAACAGAUAUGCCCGCUGGGUGAGGGUGUUUUGUUUCAGUAGGAAGGCAUUUAAUGUGACUAGCUAAGUCAAAUGACACGCAAGGAAACAAAUCAUCUGAACCAAUCAAAGGUUAUGUUAUUGAUCGGGGCAGCUCAAUCUCUUCAUUGGACAGCUCUGCUAAACCACUUGCCACAGCUACAUUAAUUAAUCUCAGGUGACCUACAAUAAAGUAGUCCCCCUGUCCUCCCUGCUGACAAUAUGACAGCAUCACCCUUCUGUUCUUCCUCUGGGAUUCCAGGAAACGGGGCCCUGUUCUCCUUGGAAACGGCCUCUGACUACGUAAAAGACGAGAAGGCCUGUUUCUACGGCUUCAAGUGUGUUGCCGUGGGAUACGAAUUCAACCCUGGACCAGAUGAGGUAAGGGGGAACUAUCUUUUGCUAUGUUAAAGGGGUAGUUUACCCAAAAACAAGAUUUACCCGCUUUUCCUAUUCUUGUACUGUCAUUUGUUGUCAAAAGCAAUGUUUUUACAACUAAUGAUACCUUUGUGUGUGUGUGUGUGUGUGUGUGUGUGUGUGUGUGUGUGUGUGUGCGUGCGUGCGUGUAUGUUUCAGGGUAUUAUCCAGCUGGAGAAGGAGUUGGCAUACUUGGGCAGUGUGUGUGCUGCUGCUCUCAUGAAGAAGGAUCUGGCUCUUCCUAUUGGUGAGGGAGAUCAUAGGAGAACAUAGAACAUGAUAGAACCGAUGGGGAACUGAUAUUGAACAUAUACUGUAUCAACUCAUAUUCUUUCAAAACAAGUACCAGGUGCUUAUUAUUGAAGUUGCAGUCAAAUAUAUUUGCACCUUUACACUUUACAAUGGAGUGCAAUGGAGCAAAAUGUUCUGUUUGCUCUUUUCAAGACGGGUUAAUAAUUUUGUCCAGGCCAUUUUGUGACUUUGAAGUGAAAAUUCAAAAUGUCUGUUUUUUCUUGGUCCUGUGCAGUUGUAAAUCACACAAAUACACUUGUGAACACCAAACGUUUUUUCAAUUUCAUCUUAUUUUAGAAGAAAUAGUGCCAAUAUAUUUGACCACAACUGUGUAUGUGUGUGUAUGAUUAUAAUUUGCACUAAAUAGCAUAUCAUAUUUUAUACUCUGUACUUUUUUUCCAGGGAAUGAACUUGAAGAGGACCUUGAGAUUCUUGAAGAUGCCUCUCUCCAGGUAUUCUGAUGCCAUUUAACUUUUUCAUAAUCACAUUGUGACAUAACUAAAGCUGUCAAGUGUGUAACCAUGAGGUAUGAAAAAGAUGGCCAGCACUCACAAACGUAUUAUCAUCAAGCCUCCGUCAGCAUGUAACAAUGACAUACUUCCGUCUCCACCCCCACUCCUUCCCCUCCCCCCUCUCCCCCCAGGUGUGUAAGGCCCACUCAGGUAUCCUGGGCAAGGGGCUGGCCCUGUCCCACUCCCCCACCAUCCUGGAGGCUCUGGAGGGCAACCUGCCCCUGCACCUGCAGACCAACGAGCACUCCUUCCUUGAGGACUUCAUCACCUGCGUGCAGAACUCCAGCGGAGGACGCUUGGCCAGGUGAGAGAGUUGGAGAGGGCAUGUAGACAUAAACACAUAGGCACAUUCACACAUGCUCACGUACACACACACACACUGCUGUGAAACAAAGCUCAGCUCAUGGCCAAGUAAGCUGUGAAGAACAGUUAUGAAAACUCUCACUGCUUUGUAAAUUUAUUUGCCUCUUGGCCCGGUUGUAAAUAAAUAGAUUAAUUAAGAAAUGUCCCCCCCCUCCCCUCUCCCCCCUCUAGGUGGCUGCAACCAGACUCAUACGCGGACCCCCAUAAGACGUCUCUGAUCCUGAACAAGGACGACAUCCGCUGCGGCUGGCCCAGAACAGUGGCCGUCCAGACCAAAGACCAGUACGGAGACGUGGUGCAUGUGCCCAACAUGAAGGUCAGGGUUUUGAAUUGUUCUAUUCUUACUUCACGUCAUAAAAAGCCUACAUCGUCACAUGAUUGUUUGUAGUGACAGUUUAGACCCGAAACAUACACUUAUGUUUGCCGCACACUACCUAUUCAGACUGUUAGCUAACCUGACAUUCAGACUGGCUACCAAGUCACUGAAAUUUGCGUUAACUUGGGACAUUUUCAACUCUGGUCACAAGCUCUCUAGUUGCCGACCAUUAAGUCGCUGAGUGUCCCCUUGUGUGCAUAUAAAAUGACUGGUCGCUGGUAGCUAGAUCACUGAUAGCCUCACCAGAUUUAAACCCACUGUAAUGAUAUCAGAUUUUCAUGGUGAACAUAAAAUCUAUAGAAUAUGUUAGCUAACAUUUGCGAACUGUACACCUUGUUGAACACAUCCCAUGUCUCUUGCUCUCCUCUCCCCCAGGUGGAGGUGAAGGCGGUGCCCGUCUCCCAGAAGAAGUCCAUGCAGCAGGAGUGCAUGAGGAAGCGGCAGCGUCUCCCAGGCAGCGCCAACCCCUCCUCCUCGUGCACUGCUGACCUGACCUUCGGGGGCCUGCCCAUGCCCAAGCUGGACGCCACAUACGAGCCCAUGAUCAUCAAGGAGGCGCGCUACAUCGCCAUCACAAUGAUGAAGGUUGGGCAACCAUAAACCUGUGACCUUAGAGAUAAUACAGAUUUCUUUAGAUGUUUAGAUUAAAAUAAUGUUUUAUCUUUAUGCAUUGGACUGAAAUUAAUUGAUCAGCUUGUAUGUGAAGAAUACUGGUUUGUUUUCUACCUGGGCCCUCGUUCACCUCCCUCCACAGAUCUUAUAGAUCUGGAUGGGAAAGCAACAUGGCAGAACCUAGGUGAAGCUGUUGCUCACCAGACCCGUGUUUCCUUGUGAAAUGAUAGAGAAAUAGUUUUUUUGUUUUUUUUGUGUAACCUACCUGUAUUAUGUUUUUGACACCAUGCUUAUCCUCUCUUUUCCAGGCCUAUGAGAAUUACUCAUUCGAGGAGCUUCGCUUUGCUUCGCCCACUCCAAAGAGGUAAUAGAUGAGAAAGUUCAAUCAAGUGCAGCAAAAGUAAUUGAAUGAAAACAAACACAUUUACAUUUUAGUCAUUUAGCAGACGCUCUUAUCCAGAGCGACUUACAGUAGUGAGUGCAUACAUUUUCGUACACUAUUUGAACCUAGGUUUGAUGACAAAUGAGAAAUGAGGGGGAAGCAGGUCUGUUCAUUUGGAUUUAAACGUUUUCAUCCCUGUGUUUCUCCCCCGCCAGGCCCAGUGAGAACAUGUUGAUCCGGGCCAACACAGACGGGACCUACAGCGCUAACUGGACCCCCGGGGCUGUGGGCCUCUACACCAUCCAUGUCACCAUCGACAGCAUCGAGAUCGGUAAACCAGACCAGGGUUGGGGUCACUUCUAUUUAUAUUCAGUCAUUUCAUUGUAAUAAGUGAACAGAAAUUCAAUUUCCAAUUUCCAUUUCCUCUAUUGAAAUUGGACUAGAGAGUUCAAGUCAGGUCAACAUAACUUGUGUCAAUGUGUAAUUUCAGAGUUUCUGUUAAUUGAAAGUUUGGCACUCCAAAAAAUGUACGUUGGUAUUGUGUUAGAUUAGAGCAAAUAAAUGUGUUAGUUAGUUUAAUGUAUUAAACAUAAAUUAAUUGUUAAUAUAAAUUAAAGUUAUAUGUUAGCUGAGUGUGGACUAUGUGUGUGUUUAACCCACUAGAUGCUGGUCUGGAGGUGGAGGUGAAAGACCCUCCUAAAGGCAUGAUCCCACCUGGCACACAGAUGGUUAAACCCAAGGCAGAGCCCCAACCUAGCAAGGUGAGACCGACACACCUGACCACACACACACCUGAGAACACACACUCAUCUGAGAACAGACACGUGCCCAAACCAAAGAACCUGAAAACACACCGUCACAGCCAGUAGUGCCUGUUGCGUGUUCAUUUACUGUUUGUAUUGGGUCCUCUGUUGUUUACUCCAGCUGUUGCUGUCAGUGUCUGGGUGGAAUCUAUAGGAUCAUUUAUUUCACGUCUUGUUCACUCUCAUUCUAAUUAGUGCUUAUCUGUGUGGACAUUUAUAAUGAAGAAAAUUGCAACAUGAGGAGUGUUGUAUGUUUAAUGCAGUGAUUAUUUUCCACUGUCACAAACCAUGUUCUAUAUCAUUGUUUUUGGGGCUGACUAUUAUUAAACAGAAAAUGGGGAAACAAACAACAAACUGCACAUUUCCAAUCAGCUCUUUGUAUCCCCCUUCUGAACUUGUGUACAGUGGAUCAUAUCCAACACCAUCAGAGAACUGGGUGGAUGGUAGGGUUUCAUAUUGUUUGAAUAUAUUUAUUAUUUAUUUAACCAGGGAAGUCCCAUUGAGACUAACAACUCUGUUUCAAGUCAACCCUGGUUUUGGACUGGCCAACAAGCAGUGUUCCGAAUGGAGUACUUCUACGCUUUCUCCCACUAUUUUGCAGUGUGGGCGUGCCUGUGUGUGUGUGUGUGUGUGUGUGUGUGUGUGUGUAUGUGAUUGUCUCUUCAGUGUGUGUGUUUGUCCUCUUCCCCUCUGCUGCCACUUUUUUUUCUCUUUCCCCUCCUGAGGUUCCUGCAGCUCAAUGUCUACCUGUCUCUCCUCUGCUUCUCUCAGGUCCGCAUAUUUGUGUCCAAGGACAGUGCAGGCCUCCGUGUGCGUAGUCACCCCUCCCUGCAGAGCGAACAGAUAGGCAUAGUGCAAGUCGAUGGCACCAUCACUUUCAUUGAUGAGGUAAACUGCUCUAGACCAGGCGAUUUGAUCAUGUUGUAGCAUUACUCUUUAUUUUCUUUCAACUUGUAUUUGUUUGUUUUUAAUUUUAAUUAAUUAGGACUGAAUCCUAAUUUGAGAUCCAAGUGUAUAACCUUAACCUUUUACACUCAUGGGAAUUGGCCUAUACAGUGAGGGGGAAAAAGUAUUUGAUCCUCUGCUGAUUUUGUACGUUUGCCCACUGACAAAGACAUGAUCAGUCUAUAAUUUUAAUGGUAGGUUUAUUUGAACAGUGAGAGACAGAAUAACAACAACAAAAUCCAGAAAAACGCAUGUCAAAUAUGUUAUAAAUUGGUUUGCAUUUUAAUGAGGGAAAUAAGUAUUUGACCCCUCUGCAAAACAUGACUUAGUACUUGGUGGCAAAAUCCUUGCUGGCAAUCACAAAGGUCAAACGUUUCUUGUAAUUGGCCAACAAGUUUGCGCACAUCUCAGGAGGGAUUUUGUUCCACUCCUUUUGCAGAUCUUCUCCAAGUCAUUAAGGUUUUGAGGCUGACGUUUGGCAACUCGAACCUUCAGCUCCCUCCACAGAUUUUCUAUGGGAUUAAAGUCUGGAGACUGGCUAGGCCACUCCAGGACCUUAACGUGCUUCUUCUUGAGCCUCUCCUUUGUUGCCUUGGCCGUGUGUUUUGGGUCAUUGUCAUGCUGGAAUACCCAUCCACGACCCAUUUUCAAUGCCCUGGCUGAGGGAAGGAGGUUCUCACCCAAGAUUUGACGGUACAAGGCCCCGUCCAUCGUCCCUUUGAAGCGGUGAAGUUGGGGGGCGGAGCUAGCAUGUUGGAGUGAACGGCUGUGUGUGAGAGGCUCCCGCAACUUUUUUGCGAAAUAAUCUAACCUAACUUACUUUAUUGCACUUGUUACAACAAACUUUUCUUUCUAAUACAAUAUUGUAACUUUCUAUGUGAAAAUGCCUAGUAAUAAGCGACCAAAGGACAAUAAAUCCACAUCAGAGGCCUACUCCCCACCAAACAACGAGACAAACAUGGCGGAAGGCACAGGUAACAACGUGACACUUACAGAACUUACCCGGGCUUUGGGAGAACUACGUGUUGCUAUAGCGGAGGAUCUUAAGGCUACUAUUGCUGAACUGGACACUAAAAUCGAGAGCACCAUUCGAACGGUCGCUUCGCAGGGCCAGAGUAUUGUGGACCUUGAGAAAGCUUCAGAAUUCAACGCUGGUAGGAUCGACGAGUUAGAGAAACUAUGCACGUCAUUGCAGGAUAAUGUGCAGAAGCUUUCUGUGAAAGUGAUCGACCUGGAGGGCAGAUCCAGGCGUCAUAACCUUCGCGUGGUGGGUCUGGCAGAAGGGGUGGAGGCGGGCUCUCGCCCAACCGACUUCUUCGCCAAGCUACUGAAGGAUGCAAUGGGACCGGAUGUUUUGGCGUCGGAUCCCCUACUGGACCGUGCACACCGCGCCCUUGUCCCAGUGCCUGGACCGGGCCAGCGUCCUCGCCCAGUAAUCAUCUGUUGUCACAGUUUCAAGACCAAGGAUCUUAUCCUGCGCGAGGCUCGAAUGAGGGGCAACCUGUUACAUAAAGGGCACCCCUUUCGUGUCUAUGAGGACUAUGCGCCCGAUGUGGCAAAGCACCGCGCUGGCUACAGAGAUGUCAUGACCAAACUCUACAAACUCCAUCUUCGCCCAGCCUUGCUCUUCCCUGCAAGACUAAGAAUUACCCCGCCUUCCGGGGAGAAGAUCUGGCUCUCCUCGGUUCUGGACGCAGAGAAGUUUGUCCGGGAAUAUACACCAAUCCCCCGUACAGGUUAGAGUGCCUUGUCAUUGUGUGUUAAGGUCUGCUCACGGACUCGAAUCCAUACCAUACCAUAACGGGUGAAACCGUAUUCAACGGUCUCAGCAAGGGCUACCGAACAUGUAAUACGAUGUGCUGACCAAUGGAGGGUGGUCAGAGCUCUCACUUAACGUUAAUUUCACUUUCAUUCCGACUGGGUUUAGAGCGAUGCCUGUUUGGGACGCCUUCCAGGUCGGAUCAUUGACACUUUCGGAUGGAUAUACUUAUAUUCCCCUAUUUUUGUUUUGUUUCGUUAUUUAUUUUUCAAUUCUUACAUUAUUCCUGUGCGUACAUAUAAUAAUAAUUAUUUGUACUUUAUUAUUAUUUUCUCUUUAGCAUUUUAGUAUUAUGUAUGUGUAUAUUUUAAAUUUGUAUAGAUUAUUAUUCUGGGGUAUGCAUGUUUGUGUAUGUAGAUGUGUGUGUAUGGAUGUAUGUGUGUAUGCGUGUGUAUGUAUCUGUAUAUAUUUAAGAAUAUUUAUUUUAUAUGUAUAUAUUUUUUGGGUGUGUGUAUGUAUGUGUGCGUGUAUACGUGUGUAUAUGUGUGUGUGUGUGUGCGUAUAUAUAUACGUAUGUGUGUGUGUGUAUGUAUGUAGGUAUGCACAUGUAUGUAUGUAUGUAUGUAUGUGUGUGUGUGGAUGUGUAUAUGUGUAUGUGUGCACAUAUGUAUUUUUAAUUUUUUUACAUUUUUAUUUACUUUGUUAUUUUUUUGAUUGGGGGGUACGUUCAAUUUAUCAAAAUCCUUGUUCCCAUCUCCUAACCCACAAUAUGUAACUGUACUGCUGUCUAUGUCGGUUACUGAUGGUUUAUGUUUAGACCGGUAUUGCUUAGCAAUAGAAUCUUGUGAUGUUACAUCUUGCUUAUCUCAGGGAUUGACCCAAGAUUAACCUUAAGUGCGCAAUAUGUUUAAGUUGCAACUUAUUCUGUUUAGGUUUAUUAGAUGCUAAUUGAACACUUUAAGUGCGGGAGCCUCCUCAGUUCAUAUGUUAGUAGAAGUUCUAGGAUAGUGAGAGGUGAGCGCAUAGUUGGGAUUUUAUUUGUGUUUUACCUCUUGUUCGAGGUCGCGCCGUGCUUUUUUGGCAUCGGCCAGACAAUGUGUUUGUUAUUUUUAUUUUCAUAUUUUUUUCUGUCCUAUGUGUGUAUGCCUGUUAAAUGUGGGUUGAUGGGGGGGGGUAAAGGUUGGGGAAAGUAGGGGAACAGGGUGGAGAGUAAAGGUGCUUGCGGGGGGGGAGGGGUGGGUUGGAUACUGCUCGGGUGUAGGUGCUACAUAUGCUGAUCGUGAUGGUUUGGUGCGCUUUCUUACCUUUUUAGUGAGUUACAAGUUAUGCAGGCCACCAUAGGAACUACAAAUGAGAGGAGGGCGGGACUUACAUUCACUUCCUGGAAUGUCAAGGGUUUAAACGAACCAAUUAAGAGAGGCAGGGUCCUAGCCCACUUGAAAGCACUUUCGUCUGAUAUUAUAUUUUUGCAAGAAACCCAUCUGAAAAACAAAUCUCAUAACAGACUUAAAUGUAAGUGGGUGGGACAAGUGUAUCACUCUAACUUCUCUGCCAAAACGAGAGGCACAGCGAUUCUGGUACGGAAAGGAAUUCCCUUUCUACAUAAAACCACUAUUGUGGAUAAAGAGGGUCGUUAUGUGAUCGUAAUAGGAGAGAUCCAUUCUACUUCUGUAACUCUACUAAAUAUCUAUGGGCCAAACAUUGAUAACCCCUCUUUUUUCAAAAGAGUCCUUGCCCUGAUUCCAGAUAUCUCCCAUACUAAUCUGGUCAUUGGAGGGGACCUUAACUGUGUACUAGACCAAUAUUUGGAUAGAUCCUCUACCCGGCGAACCCCUACCUCCCAUUCAAGCGAAUUCUUGAAUACCUACAUAAAAAAUUCUAACUUAUUUGAUAUAUGGAGGAUCUCUAAUCCUACGGGUAGGGAAUACUCCUUUUACUCUCAUGUCCACAAUGUAUAUACUCGAAUUGACUACUUUUUGGUUGAUGCUAAAUUACUCCCCUAUACCUGUAAUGUGAGAUAUCAUGAUAUUAUAAUCUCUGACCACAGUCCACUCACCUUCUCCCUGAGAUUGGGUGACAUCGUACCAAACGAGAGGGUCUGGAGGUUGAAUCCUCAGCUCCUCACAGAACCAACAUUCUGUGAACAACUUAAAGACCAAAUUACAUUUUUCUUUGAUACCAACGACAACACAGAGACUUCCCCAGCAUUAUUGUGGGAAACGCUGAAGGCUUAUUUGAGAGGCUGUAUCAUCUCCUUUCAGACUGCCAGGAGUAGGCAAAACAGAAAAAAAUUGGUAGAACUGGAGGGACAAAUUCACUUACUGGAUAGGGAGAAUGCUAGACAUCCAUCUAUGGAGAAACAUAAACAAAUUAUGUCUUUAAAAUUUAAAUACAAUCAGAUCCUCUCGGCUAAAAUUGCCAAAUCUUUUCUCUAUGCCAAGCAAAAAUAUUUUGAGUUUGGUGACAAACCACACAAAUUACUCACCAGACAACUUCGAAAAAACGUGAGUGACCGAAUGAUUCACAAAGUUAAAUCUGCAUCUGGGGAAUUACUCUCCUCCCCCAAAGACAUCAAUGACAGAUUCCGUCAGUUUUAUGAGACUCUAUAUACAUCUAAAGCGGAUCCUAACCCCUUAAUUAUGCAAAACUUUUUGGAGGACUGUAAUCUUCCUGCCCUGAACCAGGAAGACUCUAACUUCCUGAAUAAGGAAAUAUCUCUUGAAGAAAUUAGAGGAACAAUUAAAUCUCUAAAGAGUGGCAAGACCCCGGGCCCAGAUGGAUACCCUGGUGAAUUCUAUAAAACAUUCAGCAACAUGCUAUCUCCCUACCUGCACAAAAUGUUGGUUCGGGCCAAUGAGGAUGGAGCUCUCCCAUCUACUUUGGAUGAGGCGUUUAUUACAGUUAUACAUAAGAAGGGUAAAGAUCCGGAAGAGGUAGGGUCAUACAGACCAAUAUCCCUCCUUAAUACAGACCAAAAGAUUUUAGCAAAAACUCUGGCUAACAGGCUUAGCACUUUAAUUGGCAAAUUGGUCCAUUCGGACCAGACCGGCUUUAUCCCUAAUAGAAACUCAUUCUUCAAUCUCAGGCGCCUCUUCAACAUUAUGUAUUCUCAGAGGUUACCUAACGUGGACCUUGCCGUUAUAUCUCUUGACGCCGAAAAGGCCUUUGACCAAGUUGAGUGGCCCUAUCUAUUCAAGGUCCUACAGAAAUUUAAUAUUGGAGAUGGGUUCAUAAAUUGGAUCCAGCUUUUAUAUAGGAACCCCUGUGCGAGAAUACUCACUAACCAAUCAAUGUCGCCCCGAUUUAACCUUCACAGAGGGACAAGGCAGGGUUGUGCGCUGUCGCCUAUGCUCUUCGCCCUAAUUAUUGAACCUCUCGCUCAAGCGAUCAGAUCUAACUCAGCAAUACACGGCUAUAAUACUAAAGAUACUCUAAAUAAGAUUUCCCUAUAUGCAGAUGAUAUUCUCCUCUAUGUAACAGAACCCCAAGCUAGUAUUCCAGCUAUUCUUGAGGUGAUUAAUUUGUUUGGUACCUUCUCGGGAUACAGAAUAAAUUGGAACAAGAGUGAAUUAAUGCCCAUACGGUUGCAAAACACCUCCUGGCUAGAACAUCUUCCAGUUAAGUUAUCUUCAGAAAAAUGUAUCUACCUUGGAAUUGUAGUUACCAAACAAUACUCCUCACUAUUUAAAGAGAAUUUCCCUUCUCUGAUGCAAAAUCUCAAGGCAAACAUACAGUUUUGGAGAACUCUCCCAAUUUCUCUGCUCGGAAGAAUUAAUGCCAUUAAAAUGGUCUUCCUCCCACAACUGCUCUACCUAUACCAGAACAUCCCAGUAUUCAUACCUAAAUCAUUUCAUAAACAACUGGACUCUAUUAUCAAUCCUUUCAUCUGGGAUUAUAAAACACACAGGAUAGGUAAAAAACACCUAUGUAAAUCCAAGAUGGAAGGAGGAUUGUCUCUCCCAAAUUUUAUAUUUUACUAUUGGGCCGCUAACCUCCGCGCUGUUACGUUUUUGCUGGAUGACGCAACCCCGCCACCCAGCUGGCUUAGCAUGGAGCGGGAGGAGUGUCACCCCUUCUCUAUUGGUGCCGUGAUUUUGUCACCUGUUAAUCUGGAGAUGUCACUUUACCAUAACAAUCCUAUUAUACAUAGCACAGUCCGAAUCUGGAAGCAAAUUAAAGUCCACUUUGAGCUUAGACCAAUAUCAUUCAUGCUCCCUGUUGCCAGGAAUCCCUCCUUUGCCCCCUCUAACCUUGAUAACACCUUUGAGCGAUGGGGAGAGUUGGGGAUAAGUACCAUAGGGGAUUUAUAUAUAGGAGGGACCUUUGCUUCCUUUGAAGCGCUGAGGGAAACUUAUAACCUUCCCAGAAGUAACUUUUUCAGAUACCUACAAAUUAGAGACUAUGUUAGAAAACACCUCCCAACAUUUGAGAAUGCUAAACCUUCCAUGUUUGACGGAUGCAUAAAAAUAUGCCCCACCUCAGACAAACUGAUAUCUCGUCUAUAUGAUGCUUUUCAAUCUGUUAGCGCACCCUCUACAGAUGCCAUUAAGGCAAAAUGGGAGGAAGAACUAGGGACUGAUAUUUCGGUGGCAGACUGGGAGGAUAGCUUGGAGUAUAUCCACACCUGCUCCAUUAACUCCAGACAUCGUCUCAUACAAUUUAAGGUACUACACAGAUUACACUAUUCCAAAACUAAACUGCAUAGGAUAUUUCCUGAUACAUCCCCUAUGUGUGAUAAAUGUCAGGCUGAGCAGGGUACACUACUCCACUGCUUUGCCCUAUGCUCUAGUCUGUAUGGUUAUUGGUGCGGAAUAUUUGGGGUCCUCUCUGAAGUUCUGGAGACUUCAAUAGACCCAGACCCGCUUCUGAUAAUCCUGGGAGUGUCCGACUCCCUAAACGGAUUAACCAACUCCCAAAAACAACUAAUCUCUUACAGUCUCAUCUCGGCAAAAAAAUUAAUCUUGUUGUUUUGGAAAAGGAGGGAAGCGCCCUCUACCAAAUUAUGGCUCAGCGAAGUGGCAAAAACUGUACACUUAGAAAGAAUUAGAUAUAUUCUGAACAAUAAAUUAGCAACAUUUGAUCAAAUCUGGCAGCCUUUCCUCUCUUACCUGGACCAGUCGGUGCUGUGAAUUUGUACUUUUUAACGCACUCUCAAUUGUCAUAUUUAUAUACACCUUUGGGCAGCGUGUGCUGGCCCCGACACUCGAGCAGUCGGGAGGGGAAUAGGGUGGAAUAGGGGGGGGGGGGGGAUAAAGGGGGGUAUAAGUGGGGGGGUUACAUCUACCCUUUUUCUUUCUACCUGUCCCUGUUCUGUAUGUCGUGUUUUGUAAUAUUUGUUUUAUGUCCAGAACUCUGGGUCUUGUUGUUCAUGUCUGUUCUCUUAUGUUUAGAUAAGAACUGUACACAUGUCUUUCAUACCUAUACACCAUUCUUGUGUGUGUUCAAUAAAAAAAUAUUUGAACAGAAGCGGUGAAGUUGUCCUGUCCCCUUAGCAGAAAAACACCUCCAAAGCAUAAUGUUUCUACCUCCAUGUUUGACGGUGGGGAUGGUGUUCUUGGGGUCAUAGGCAGCAUUCCUCCUCCUCCAAACACGGCGAGUUGAGUUGAUGGCAAAGAGCUCGAUUUUGGUCUCAUCUGACCACAACACUUUCACCCAGUUCUCCUCUGAAUCAUUCAGAUGUUCAUUGGCAAACUUCAGACGGGCCAGUAUAUGUGUUUUCUUGAGCAGGGGGACCUUGCGGGUGCUGCAGGAUUUCAGUCCUUUACGGCGUAGUGUGUUACCAAUUGUUUUCUUGGUGACUAUGGUCCCAGCUGCCUUGAGAUCAUUGACAAGAUCCUCCCGUGUAGUUUUGGGCUGAUUCCUCACCCUUCUCAUGAUCACUGCAACUCCACAAGGUGAGAUCUUGCAUGGAGCCCCAGGCCGAGGGAGAUUUUGUGUUUCUUCCAUUUGCGAAUAAUCGCACCAUCUGUUGACACCUUCUCACCAAGCUGCUUGGCGAUGGUCUUGUAGCCCAUUCCAGCCUUGUGUAGGUCUACAAUAUUGUCCCUGACAUCCUUGGAGAGCUCUUUGGUCUUGGCCAUGGUGGAGAGCUUGGAAUCUGAUUGAUUGAUUGCUUCUGUGGACGGGUGUCUUUUAUACAGGUAACAAGCUGAGAUUAGGAGCACUCCCUUUAAGUGUGCUCCUAAUCUCAGCUCGUUACCUGUAUAAAAGACACCUGGGAGCCAGAAAUCUUUCUGAUUGAGAGGGGGUCAAAUACUUAUUUCCCUCAUUAAAAUGCAAAUAAAUUUAUAACAUUUUUGACAUGCGUUUUUCUGGAUUUUGUUUUUGUUAUUCUGUCUCUCACUGUUCAAAUAAACCUACCAUUAAAAUUAUAGACUGAUAAUUUCUUUGUCAGUGGGCAAAUGUACAAAAUCAGCAGGUGAUCACUGUAUGAAUAGGGCUAAAUUGAAAUGUUUCCUACAUAAGAAAUAUGAAAAUGCAUAAACAUGGUUGCAAUUGAAAGGGAACAGUUUGUAUAUUAUGGGAAAAUUAUUAGACCAAAGGUGAGGGCACAACAUUUCACCUGACACAAGACUGAAUCCAAACAUUACAAUGUUGAUUUUAUGUGCAUUUUACAUUUACUGUAUUUUUUGUAACAUUUGUUGAUAACCAAAUCAGAAAAUACUCUGGAUACAUUCAGUAAGAUGAUAAGAAUAUUCAUGUAAAAUGUGGGGUAGGUGCAACAUAAGACAAAUAAAUUACAAGGGUUUGAGUGAGAGGACUAACUGGUGUCUCCAAGUGGCCACACACCUCUCCAAAGUCUGCACAGUUCCUAAGUAAUUUCAAUGCACUUUUAUGACUCGAAGAAUCUUCAACUAUAACGUGUGUUAUUUUUUUUAGCUCUUCUAGCUGUGCCAUUGAGGAACUAGAGCAAGCACACUUGUAGUUAUUUUGUUUUUGAACACACAACCCUGCAUCCCCACCAUCACACAAUUACUGUUGUUCAUGCAAUCCAAAAAACGGUCCAUUCUAAAUUGUAAUCUGGGUCAGGUGGGCAUCAUUUGAAAGCCUGUUCUAUUGCCAACAUGACUAGCUAAGUUAUAAAAUACGAUAGUAUUAUUAGGCUUUCACAAUGCAAUUCAGAGAAACGCAUCAUAAUUUUGGUGCGCACAGAAAGGAUUCAUGAGUGCAUUCAGGUGCGUGUGCCGUGGCGAAUUUACUUCAUAAUAGACAAACAUAGGCUCAUUCUGUUCAGAACAACCCAGGGUAUGACAACAUGUCAUCUUGUAACUGUACAUCGAACAUAGUGAUCAUAAAUGUUUACACUAGAUAUGACAUUAGUUUUAUGAUAUGGAAAUGUAAAGUGCACAUUUGUACUCGCGGGUAUUUGACUUGCAUGUAUGACAUCAAAGCGGUAUUUAUUGUAAUCCUCAAAGUCUCAUCUUUCUAAAUGCAUAGUCCUCUUCAUUUACAGCAUUUCCCUCAAUCAGACAAUAAACAAUGUGCAAAUUUGCCCAAUUAGUGGGAGGGAUGGAGGCAACUCAAGUUCAGAACAGCUGUCAGUCAAAACCCAUACAGUGCUGUAAAGUGCAGAGCCAGAGCUCUGACGUCAUGUAUAGCAUGUUACAGUACAGCCACUGCGUUCCAAUUCAGGCAUUUAUCAGUGCCCAAAUCUGCCAUUUUCAUCCUGUAUAUGGUACGAGUGUAAAGGGUUAAUGGUUGCAACAUUCCAGAAAAGUUCCUCCUACUUUCUGGAGAGCCUGGGAACGUUGGGAAAGUUUCCAGGAUUUUGCAACCCUAACCUCAGACUUUCGCGCAAGUCAUGCAUUGUGGUCAGUUGGGGAUUUGAGUGGAAAUUUGAGGUAUAUGCACAGAUCACAAGUCAGGAUGAGUCCUUGCAAUAUACAGUCAUGGUCAAAAGUUUUGAGAAUGACACAAAUACUAAUUUUCACAAAGUCUGCUGCCUCAGUUUUGAUGAUGGCAAUUUGCGUAUACUCCAGAAUGUCAUGAAGAGUGAUCAGAUUAAUUGCAAUUCGCAAUUUGCCAUGAAAAUGAAGUUAAUCCCCCAAAAAACAUUUGCACUGCAUUUCAGCCCUGCCACAAAAGGACCAGCUGCCAUCAUGUCAGUGAUUCUCUCGUUAACACAGGUGAGAGUGUUGACGAGGACAAGGCUGGAGAUCACUCUGCCAUGCUGAUUGAGUUAGAAUAACAGACUGGAAGCUUUAAAAGGAGGGUGAUGCUUGAAAUCAUUGUUCUUCCUCUGUUAACCAUGGUUACCUGCAAGGAAACACGUGCCAUCAUCAUUGCUUUGCACAAAAAGGGCUUCACAGGCAAGGAUAUUGCUGCUAGUAAGAUUGCACCUAAAUCAACCAUUUAUCGGAUCAUCAAGAACUUCAAGGAGGGAGGUUCAAUUGUUGUGAAGAAGGCAUCAGGGCGCCCAAGAAAGUGCAGAAAGCGCCAGGACCGUCUCCUAAAGUUGAUUCAGCUGGGCACCACCAGUGCAGAGCUUGCUCAGGAACGGCAGCAGGCAGGUGUGAGUGCAUCUGCACGCACAGUGAGGCGAAGACUUUUGGAGGAUGGCCUGAUGUCAAGAAGAGCAGCAAAGAAGCCACUUCUCUCCAGGAAAAACAUCAGGGACAGACUGAUAUUCUGCAAAAGGUACAGGGAUUGGACUGCUGAGGACUGGGGUAAAGUCAUUUUCUCUGCCAUAAGGCAAAAGUGAUAACUAAGUGGCUCGGGGAACAAAACAUCGACAUUUUGGGUCCAUGGCCAGGAAACUCCCCAGACCUUAAUCCCAUUGAGAACUUGUGGUCGAUCCUCAAGAGGCGGGUGGACAAACAAAAACCCACAAAUUCUGACAAACUCCAAGCAUUGAUUAUGCAAGAAUAGGCUGCCAUCAGUCAGAAUGUGGCCCAGAAGUUAAUUGACAGCAUGCCAGGACGGAUUGCAGAGGUCUUGAAAAAGAUUGCAAAUAUUGACUCUUUGCAUAAACUUAAUGUAAUUGUCAAUAAAAGCCUUUGACACUAAUGGAAUGCUUGUAAUUAUACUUCAGUAUUCCAUAGUAACAACAAUAUUUUGUGAAGACCAAUACUUGUGUCAUUCUCAAAACUUUUGACCACAACUGUACAGAGUAAUUUUGUAUGACUGUUUUGAGUACAGUAAAACUGUGCAGUGUGUCUACCACUUUCUAGUGAUUACUGCUUCUCCUCUGAGCUCACUUAUUUGUUACCUUUGCCUUUGUGUUGCUUUAUACCCAUGCAAGACACACCGAGGCUGCUGCCAAAAAACAUAAAAAUUAAAGAGAGUCACAGCAUUCUGCUCAGUGAUGUUACUCUGAGUUUAGUGUGUUUUCACACAACAUGACACUCCAAGCAUGCUCCAUUUAUUUUAGGACAGGUUUUAAACCUGGGUUUUACAUUGUUUUGCACCACUCAGUAUAGGUAACUCCGCCUUCCUUCUUGUUGAAUCUGGGUUUCUGGAGCCAUUCAGCCCAGUUGACUCCGUUUCCAUAGUGACAGGAGGGGGGUAUGGCUGUGCUCUCUGCCCUCUGUUGCUUGUUUUCCCAUAGAUCCACAAUGAUGAUGGUGUUUGGCUCAGGCUGAAUGAUGAGACAGUAAAGAAGUAUGUGCCCAACAUGAAUGGGUACGCUGAAGCCUGGUGCCUCUCUUUUAACCAGCACGUGGGCAGGAGCCUGCUGAUCCCAGCUGACGUAAGUAAAGUGACAAUCAGUCAGUCUGUAUGAUAGCAGGGUAGUCUACCCCCUAUGCUGCUCAUUUGGGGAAAGCUUCACAGAUCAUGAGACCCCUCACUACCAGACCUUCACGCAAACUAAUGGUAGCAUAAGGGCAACGUGCAUGCCUUAACUCAUGUCUGAGGGGAUGAGAAAAAGGUUCACUUUAAUGUGACUAGAAUGUGUUCGGUUGGACAUGGCUUUUGAAAAACACUCACAUGAUCAGUUAAUACAUGUUUAAUGCAUUGAAGGCAUCCCCAAUGCAGGAAUUGACCAAGAUAGAAGUAGUAGAUGAGCCAUUUCAGUGUGUUUAGUUUUAGAGGGUCUUAGCUGUACUGUCUGUGAUUAUCUUCACCUCUUCCUCAUUGCUUUCUUCUCACCCACGCUUCACAAGCAAGACACAAACAACCUCAAAACUCUAAAGGCUGGUUGCUUAAACUCAGAUUAAGCCUAGUACUGACCUAAAAAAAGAAAAAAUAAAAAUGUAUUUUUCAAUUGAGCAUGCUUUGUAGUCCAGGACUAGGCUUAAUCUGGGUCCGGGAAACUAGCCCUGUCUAAUCAGGGACUUCAUGGUUGGAUAGAUUAGAAAAUGUUUACAUUAAUUAGUUAAAAGGCAUUGCCUCUGUAUUCACAGUUAUUCUGAAAAUUAAUGGUUUUCUGUCAUGAAGCAAUCAUUGGUCCCCAACACCACUUCAGAUGGAAAUUGUGCUUCUACCACUCCACAAUUCUGCCUAUGCAUUGGGCUGCUGUGGCUUUUAAGGUUCACAGAGGCUUCUGUGUAAGGGCAUUGUCGAAAACAGCAUGACACACUACAUCCUAUGUGUUGAAGAUUUUUUGAGAAGAUUGUUCUUUUUUAAAGUGAUUUUCUGUCUUUUUUUAACUUCAAAAUACUUUAAAAAUGAAAACAAUCUUUGAUCAAUAUGAUCGUUUCACCAUUGUGGCCGGUAACCCAAAAGUGGGUUAAAAAAUUCCACCCCAACCCCUUCCCACCCAAAAUAACAAAAUGUUCACCAUGACACUUCACAUGAAGUAAGCUAAUAUUUGACAGACUUUGUCAGCGUUCAGAAUCCUUCACAAGAUUUUGCCAUUCCUUCACGAAUGUGAGGAUGAGCAAUGACAUUGACUAGAAUACAGUAGAAUACAGUAUAUACAUAUGAAAUGAGUAAAACAGUAUGUGAAUGAAUCCUCUGCCGUUUCUUGACUUGUACUUACGAUUUGUUGCUCAGAGUCUCUUUAACGCUAGCCAAGGAGUCAGGGAUAUCAGCUUUUUGUCGUGGACCCCCUUAACUAUAUUCCCACAGGUGAGUUGUCUGAAGGAGAGAUGUGUAUGGCUUGGCUGCUCUGGUGCUUUUUCAUCCAUCUGUUAUUUCUAUAUGUCCUAUUGAAACCCCUUCCCCCCUGUGAAGUUAUAUAAUUUGAGUUAUAGUCGACUUUGCGUUUUGCCGUCAGGGACAUGAUUUCUUAACCACAGUUGCAUCACUUUCUGAAUAGUUUAAUUUAAGAGCACUGUCAUUCUACCUCCAUUCCCCUUUAGGAAUCAGCUAUUAAUUUAAGGUCAAUUUUUAUGCUGUCUGUCCCAUGAUAACUUUGUUCUCAUUUCACUUGAAAUUCGAGCCAUUGAGGAAAAUUGAUAACACGUAGAUAACAUUUGUGUGUUGAAUGAGGGUUAAUGACAUUGACAUCAAUAUGUUACAUGUGGCUUUUGUAUGAAAAUGUAGAUGACAUAUAGCCUACUGUAUGUGUCUAGUAUUGUGGCCCCCAUUUGUAAUAGCAUGCCUCUCCCCAGUUAGUAGAAGUCUAACCUACCCACACUGCAUUUUCCUUUUGGGCAUAUCAUCCACAGUUGAAGUCGGAAGUUUACAUACACUUAGGUUGGAGUCAUUAAAACUUGUUUUUCAACCACUCCACAAAUUUCUUGUUAACAAACUAUAGUUUUGGCAAGUCGGUUAGGACAUCUACUUUGUGCAUGAAACAAGUAAUCUUUCCAACAAUUGUUUACAGACAGAUAUAUUUCACUUAUAAUUCACUGUAUCACAAUUCCAGUGGGUCAGAAGUUUACAUACACUAAGUUGACUGUGCCUUUAAACAGCUUGGAAAAUUCCAGAAAAUUAUGUCAUGGCUUUAGAAGCUUCUGAUAGGCUAAUUGACAUCAUUUGAGUCAAUUGGAGGUGUACCUGUGGAUGUAUUUCAAGACAUACCUUCAAACUCAGUGCCUCUUUGCUUGACAUCAUGGGGAAAUCCAAAAUGGUACACCUCCACAAGUCUGGUUCAUCCUUGGGAGCAAUUUCCAAACGCCUAAAGGUACCACGUUCAUCUGCACAAACAAUAGUACGCAAGUAUAAACACCAUGGGACCACGCAGCCGUUAUACCGCUCAGGAAGGAGACGCGUUCUGUCUCAUAGAGAUGAACGUACUUUGGUGCGAAAAGUGCAAAUCAAUCCCAGAACUACAGCAAAGGACCUUGUGAAGAUACUGGAGGAAACAGGUACAAAAGUAUCUAUAUCCACAGUAAAGCGAGUUCUAUAUCGACAUAACCUGAAAGGCCGCUCAGCAAGGAAGAAGUCACUGCUCCAAAACUGCCAUAAAAUAAGACAGACUACGGUUUGCAACUGCACAUGGGGACAAAGAUUGUACUUUUUGGAGAAAUGUCCUCUGGUCUGAUGAAACAAAAAUGAAACUGUUCGGCCAUAAUGACCAUCGUUAUGUUUGGAGGAAAAAGGGGAUGCUUGCAAGCCGAAGAACACCAUCCCAACCGUGAAGCACGGGGGUGGCAGCAUCAUGCUGUGGGGGUGCUUUGUUGCAGGAGGGACUGGUGCACUUCACAAAAUAGAUGGCAUCAUGAGGAAGGAAAAUUAUGUGGUCCUCUGUAGCUCAGCUGGUAGAGUACGGCGCUUGUAACGCCAAGGUAGUGGGUUCGAUCCCCGGGACCACCCAUACACAAAAAAUGUAUGCACGCAUGACUAAGUCGCUUUGGAUAAAAGCGUCUGCUAAAUGGCAUAUUAUUAUUAUUAUUAUUAUUAUUAUUAUUUUUAUUAUUAUUGAAGCAGUAUCUCAAGACAUCAGUUAUGAAGUUAAAGCUUGGUCACAAAUGGGUCUUCCAAAUGGACAAUGACCCCAAGCAUACUUCCAAAGUUGUGGCAAAAUGGCUUAAGGACAACAAAGUCAAGGUAUUAGAGUGGCCAUCACAAAGCCCUGACCUCAAUCCUAUAGAACAUUUGUGUGGGCAGAACUGAGAAAGUGUGUGCAAGCAAGGAGGCCUACAAACCUGACUCAGUUACACCAGCUCUGUCAGGAGGAAUGGGCCAAAAUUCACCCAACAUAUUGUGGGAAGCUUGUGGAAGGCUACCCGAAACGUUUUACCCAAGUUAAACAAUUUAAAGGCAAUGCUACUAAAUACUAAUUGAGUGUAUGUAAACUUCUGACCCACUGGGAAUGUGAUGAAAGAAAUAAAAGCUGAAAUAAAUCAUUCUCUCUACUAUUAUUCUGACAUUUCACAUUCUUUAAAAUAAAGUGGUGAUCCUAACUGGCCUAAAACAGGGAAUUUCUAUUAGGAUUAAAUGUCAGGAAUUGUGAAAAAUUGAGUUUAAAUGUAUUUGGCUAAGGUGUAUGUAAACUUCCGACUUCAACUGUAUGUUAGAGAGACAUUAAUGCAACAAUUUCCUGAAUUCAUGUAGCAUAUCAAAUCCAUAGUAUUCCUAGCAAUUUGUUUUUAAUCUUUAGGUUUACACUGUACUUUUAUGGUUGAGUAAAUGUACAGUUGAAACAUAUUUCAAGCCUGUGCAGUAUGAAGUGAUACAUCAUUUUUAUUUAUGCAUUUAUCAUACUUUGUCGUCACACUUUUUGAGAACUUUGUUGUGGCAUUCAGGUGUUGUCAAUGAAGCCUGUCUUCUUGUCCACUUUAUGCCAUUAAGGCAGUAUCAGCCCAACAACCACCUGUGCACUUGAUGCUCACAGGGUGUCCUCGGAAAUGUGUUCGUCAUUGCUGCAACAUUUAAGUGAACAUUAGGCUCUAGGUUUGUUAGAGAGAGUGGAUCCUACUGGUUUUGUUGAACUGAUAGCUCUGUGGACAGUACUGUAAAGCUGUAACAGCUAUGCUGGAACUUUGAUCAUUUGAUAAUCUUAAACACUGGUCAUGCUAUAUCCCCUCUCAUAAGACACACACAGUUAUCAGGAAUCAGGAUGAAACUAUGACCUCGCAUCAGACAAAUCCAUUACUACUCUCCCACUGACUGUGGUCCUCUAACCUAACCUAGCCUGAUUGGUAUUAACGCUAGUCAAUUCCCUCUUGCAGGAGGCCAGGGGCCAUUUGGAGCAGUGUGUUAAGGAGGUGAGCGCCAGCGGCCGCCCCACCCACGAGGCCCCCUCCAUGCGGGAGCAGGGCAGGGCGUGGCAGGGCGGCGGCGGCCCUGGGCUUUAUAAGGUAGUGAAGACGGGCCCUUCGGGUCACAACAUCAGAAGCUGGCCAAACCUUAGGGGUAUCCCCAUUGGAAUGUUAGUACUUGGGAACAAGGUCAAGGCAGUAGGCGAGGUACGCACUGCCCCCCCCCCACAAAACCCUGAAAAUGAUAAAUGUGUGACUUAAAUGACUUAUCGUGGCUGCCGUUAAAUUAUCUAUAAUAUAUUAUAUAUAUAUAUUAUCUUUUUUUAAAUACUUCCAAUCAAAGUAGAGUAGAAGAGGGCAACAAAAAAUUAGCAUAAGAUCUACAGAACUAAAAAUGGGCAUAAGAACUACAGAACAGUAGUUCUAAUGCCCGUCUUUUUUGUUGCCCUCCUCUACUUUGCUCUCUCUUUGCUAACACAGACCGAAGUUGCUGUAAUGUGUUUCAUUUGCUCCCCCUUUUGCUUGUAAAUUGGUUGACUUGUUUUGCCUUCAGAAAGUAUUUGUUGACUUGUUUUGCCUUCAGAAAGUAUUCAUACCCCUUGACUUAUUCCACAUUUUGUUGUGUUACAGCGUGAAUUCAAAAUUGAUUAAAUACAUGUUUUUCUAUCACCCAUCUACACACAAUACCCCAUAAUGACAAAGUGAAAAUGAAAUGCAGAAAUAUCUCAUUUACGUAAGUAUUCACACCGCUGAGUCAAUACUUUGUUGAAGCCCCUUUGGCAUCGAUUACAGCUGUGAGUUAUUCUGGAUAAGUCUCUAAGAGCUUCCCACACCUGGAUUGUGUAACAUUUGGCCAUUAUUAUUUUCCAAAUUCUUCAAGCUCUGUCAAAUUGGUUGUUAAUCAUUGCUAGACAACCAUUUUUAGGUCUUGCCAUAGAUUGUCAAGUAAAUUUAAGUCAAAACUGUAACUCGGCCACUCAGGAACAUUCAAUGUCUUCUUGGUAAGCAACUACAGUGUAGAUUUGGCCUUGUGUUUUAGGUUAUUGUCCUGCUGAAAGGUGAAUUCAUCUCCCAGUGUCUGGUGGAAAGCAGACUGAACCAGGUUUUCCUGUAGGAUUUUGCCUGUGCUUAGCUACAUUCAGUUUCUUUUUUAUCUUGGAAAAACUCCCCAGUCCUUAACGUUUACAAGCAUACCCAUAACAUGAUGCAGCCACCACUAUGCCUGAAAAUAUUUAAUGUAUUGGAUUUGCCCCAAACAUAACACUUUGUAUUCAGGACAAAAAGUUAGUUGCUUUGCCACAUUUUUUGAAGUAUUACUUUAAUACCUUGUAGGAAACUGCAUGCAUGUUUUGGAAUAUUUGUAUUCCGUACAGGCUACCUUCUUUUCACUCUGCCAAUUAGGUGAUUAUUGUGAAGUAACUACAAUGUUGUUGAUCCAUCCUCAGUUUUCUCCUAUCACAGCCAUUAAACUCUGUAACUGUUUUAAAGUCACCAUUGGCCUCAUGGUGAAAUCCCUGGGCGGUUUCCACCCUCUCCGGCAACUGAGUUAGGAAGGAUGCCUGUAUCUUUGUAGUCACUGGGUGUAUUGAUACACCAUCCAAAGUGUAACUAAUAACUUCACCAUGCUCAAAGGGAUAUUCAAUGUCAGUUUUUUUCUCUUCUUUUUUUUCUCUACCAAUAGGUGCCCUUCUUGCGAGGCAUUGGAAAACCUCCUUGGUCUUUGUCGAUUAAAUCUGUGUUUGAAAUUCACUGCUCAACUGAGGGACCUUACAGAUAAUUGUAUGUGUCGGGUACAGAGAUGAGGUAGCCAAAAAUCAUGUUAAACACUAUUAUAUGACAAAUUAAAUUAAAUUAAAUGUUAUUAUUGUAAAAUAAUGCAACUUAUUAUGUGACUUUUUAAGAACAAUUUUCUCCUAAACUUAUUUAGGCUUGCCAUAACAAAGGUGUUAAAUACUUAUUGACUGACAUUUCAGCUUUUCAUAUUUAAGAAAAUUAUAAAAACGUAAUUCCACUUUGACAUUAUGUGGUAGGGGUGUUCUGUGUAGGCCAGUGACAAAAAAAUCUAAAUGUAAUCAAUUUUAAAUUCAGGCUGUAACACAACAAAAUGUGGAAAAGGUCAAGGAGUGUGAAUAGUUUAUGAAGGCACUGCAUGUACUUUGCCAAUGAAAGGGUGAAUACACAAGAUGCCUCUGGGUGUGGGUGUGUGCUCUGUCCUUUCUCUGGUGGCUCUUUCUUUUAUUAACACACUCCAAUGGCUUCAGCAUUUAUUUAUUUUUUCCUUUUGCAUUUAUUCAUUUCAGUUUAUUUAAACAAUAUCACAAUUAUCUUAGUUUAUUUAUCAUUGGAAACAGAUUAGAUAUUUUCUGAGGUUUACAUUAUAUAGGGCGGCAGGUAGCUUAGUGGUUAAGAGCGUUGUGCCAGUAACCAAAAGGUUGCUGCUUCUAAUCCCCGAGCCGACUAGGUGAAAAAUCUGUUGAUGUGCCCUUGAGCAAGGCACUUAACCCUAAUUGCUCAUGUAAGUCGCUCUGGAUAAGAGUGUCUGCUAAAAUGACAAAAAUUUAAAAUGUAAAUAUACUUGAAAUGCUGAAGCCAUACUGUAUCUCAGAUUAAUCUUUCCCCUCUUACACCUUCUGUUCUCUUUGUUUUUCUGCACACAUUUUGAUACGCUCAAAUAUUUCUUCACCCGAAGUGCUGAAUGGUGCCUACUUGACCUCUUUUUGGGGGAUGUGGUGUGUCAUGCUUUUACUAGAAUGCCCUGUCUGAACCAAUGGCUCUCUGGCUCUUUCUCAAUUAAUCUUUCCUCGAGUCCUCACGUACUAUAUCCUCUCCUACUUCUCAAACCGCAUUGGAGAUGGAGGUCUGAGGGGAGGAACCUUGGACCUCCUCCAAUAGGGUUGAGAAGGUGGCAAGGCGAUACUAGGAUACGAGGAAUCGUGGAAAGACUCACUAAGCCUCUCUCUCUCUCUAAGCACUUAUUAACAUUUCCACUUUCCAUCUGUGUCUGUAUGUCUAAAGUGGUGAUUUUAUUUUAGGACCUUUACAAAACAAAAACAAACAAACAUGCAUUUACCUUUCAAUAUGAUUCACUUUUAGAGUAAGUUGUUUAAUUGAUUCUCUUUAUACAGUAAACUCUGCAAAUAUUAUAGCUACAAUGCAGUAUGGAAUUGCUCUGUAGGGAUGAUGUUGUACAUUUUACAUUUUGUAUAGGGUGAUGGGAUGAUAUUUGUGAGGUGUGUGUGUGUGUGUGAGAGAGAGGAUGGUGCUGUGUGUGUGUGUGAGGACUAGCAUGUGUGUGCGUGUAUAGGGAUAAAGAGUGCUGUGUUGUCCGUCAGGUGGUAAACACUGAAGGGACGUGGGUGCAGCUGGACAAGAAUAGCGUGGUGGAGUUCUGCGAGAGCGACGAAGGAGAGGCCUGGUCUCUGGCCCGAGACCGUGGGGGAAACCAGUACCUACGCCACGGGGAAGGUAAGAGCCCCGCUAAUGGCCUUUUAACUUACUGCUUUGAGACCUCUUUAAUCUUUGUAGAUCAAGGCCCGUAUUCACAAAGCAUCUCAGAAAAGUUCCUAGGAAUCCUGUUAAAACAUGUUUUAAGACAACAAAACCUCCCAGCUCAGAGUAGGUUUUAGGAUGAUGUUAAGACACUGGCCAGACAAACUCUCUGAGCCAGGAAUAAAAUGAACUCAUUUUCUCAGCUGGUUAUCACGACAGUUUGAGGUACCGCAAAGGAAAGAUAGUGAUGACGCUCAUUGACAUUGUUGCAAAUGUUGGGAAAUAACCAAUCGUGAUGAAGCAUCAUCAGCUGUGAUGAAGCAUCAUCAUCAUCAUCUAGCACGUUUCAGACAACCAUGGUGAAUGUGACUGUACAUCAAAUUUUGCAAUGGUAAAACGUUUGAUAUAAUUUUCGCCUGACACGAUCAAUUUGCCUACUUUUAAUUAUUGCUUAAAAUGUUGGCAUGCAUAACCUUUUUUUUCACCAAUUCUAAUGGUUGUUAAAAGUGAAAUUUUAACAAUAUUACCGUUAUAUCAACACAUUUGUCACUCCUGUUUUAGUCUAUUUUUAAAAGUCUAAGCCGUUAGAUAAGAAAAUUUUAAAACAAACAUAAAAACGAUAUUUGAUAAAAUAUUGAAUUUGGCCUUUACUACUAUAGCCCAGAGAAAAGCAUUGAAUAACACAUUCAUAAAUGGCAAAAAAGACAGUCCAAAAAUAAAUCAUAAGAAACAAGGUUUUGAAUUGUUUGUUCUAUAUCUAGGAGUUCAGGAAAUAUUUUUUUGUUUUUUUUCUACACAUAUUUAACCCCUUUUCUGGGUAGGCACAAAACUGCCUUCAUACUGUAUACUGAACAAACACAUAAACUCAACAUGUAAAGUGUUGGUCCCAUGUUUCAUGAGCUGAAAUAAAAGAUCCCAGAAAUGUUCCAUACGCACAAUAAAGCGUAUUUCUCUCACAUUUUGUGGAAACAUUUGUUUACAUCCCUGUUAGUAAGCAUUUUUCCUUUGCCAAGAUAAUCAAUCCACCUGACUGGUGUGGCAUAUCAAGAAGCUGAUUAAACAGCAUUAUCAUUACACAGGUGCACCUUGUGCUGGGGAAAAUAAAAGGCCACUCUAAAAUGUGCAGUUUUGUCCAUAUCCAUCUUUUUGACCUGUGGGAUCGUCUGAUACCAGCCACCCGGACAGCUGAUGAAACUGUGGGUAUGCACAACCAAAUAAUUUGUAUAAAAGGCCACUCUAAAAUGUGCAUUUUUGUCACGCAACACAAUGCCACAGAUGUCUCAAGUUUUGAGGGAGCGUGCAAUUGGCAUGCUGACUGCAGGAAUGUCUACGAAAGCUGUUGCCAGAGAAUUGAAUGUUCAUUUCUCUACCAUAAGCCGCCUCCAACUUCGUUUUUGAGAGUUUGGCAGUACGUCCAACCGGCCUCACAACCGCAGAACACGUGUAACCACACCAGCCCAGAACCUCCAUAUCCGGCUUUUUCACCUUCGGGAUCGUCUGAGACCAGCCACCCAGACAGCUGAUGAAUCUGUGCACAACCGUAGACUUUCUGCACAAACCGACUUCAGUGGGCAAAUGCUCACCUUCGAUGGCCACUGGCACGAUGGAGAAGUGUGCUCGUCAUGGAUGAAUCCUGGUUUCAACUGUACCCGACAGAUGGCAGACACCCCAUGGUGGCAUUUGGAUUAUGGUAUGGGCAGGCAUAAGCUACGAACAACGAACACAAUUGCAUUUUGUCGAUGGCAAUUAGAAUGAACAGAGAUACCGUGAAGAGGUCCUGAGGCCCAUGGUAGUGCCAUUCAUCCGCCACCAUCACCUCAUGUUUCACCAUGAUAAUGCACGGCCCCAUGUCGCAAGGAUCUGUACACAAUUCCUGGAAGCUGAAAAUGUCCCAGUUCUUCCAUGGCCUGCAUACUCUCACAGCGUGUUCCAGUUCCCACAAAUAUCCAGCAACUUCACAUAGCCAUUGAGGAGGAGUGGGACAACAUUCCACAGGCCACAAUCAACAGCCUGAUCAACUCUAUGCGAAGGAGAUGUGUCGCGCUGCAUGAGGCAAAUGGUGGUCACAGCAGAUACUGACUGGUUUUCUGAUCCAUGCUCCUACCUUUUUUUUAAAGGUAUCUGUCACCAACAGAUGCAUAUCUGUAUUCCAGUCAAUUUAAAUAAUAUAGCCUAAAUAAUUAAUCUUUGUUACUUUUUUAGGCUCCCUGUCUGGCUCCUGACCUAUUUAGAGUUUAUAUGCUGUUUAAUAUGACAUGUAGCCUAUUUGAAAUGAUGAGCGCUUCUUACAUUCACCUUUUCAUAUUUAUUAAAAUACUUUUCAUUCAAAUGGUUUGGUUUCAAUACUUCAAAACCAAAUGGUAGGUCCAGGUUGUCACAUCAAUAGAUGGGUGUUGGUUAAAUUAUGAUUUCAAUGAAUAGAGCGAAUUUGGAGCGGCAGUUUCUUUGAGAUACAAAUGUAAUAGUUGUCUGAAUACUAAUGUAAAUAAGGUAUUUCAGUUUUUAUUGGUAAUACAUUUGUAGAAAUUUCUAAAAACCUGUUUUUGCUUUGCCAUUAUGGGGUAUUGUAUGUAUAUUGAUGAGGGCAAAAAAUUAUGUCAUACAUUUUAGAAUAAGGCUGUAACGUAACAAAAUGUGGGAAGGUCAAGGGGUCUGAAUACUUUCCGAAUGCACUGUGUGUGUGUGUGUAUAUAGGUAUAUAUAUAUAUAUAUAUAUAUAUAUAUAUAUAUAUAUAUAUAUAUAUAUAUAUAUAUAUAUAUAUAUAUAUAUAUAUAAUAUACACUACCGGUCAAACAUUUUAGAACACCUACUCAUUCAAGGGUUUUUCUUUAUUUUUACUAUUUUCUACUUUGUAGAAUAAUAGUGAAGACAUCAAAACUAUGAAAUAACACAUAUGGAAUCAUGUAGUAACCAAAAAAGUGUUAAACAAAUCAAAAUAUAUUUUAUAUUUGAGAUUCUUCAAAGUAGCCACCCUUUGCCUUGAUGACAGCUUUACAAACUCUUGGCAUUCUCUCAACCAGCUUCAUGAGGUAGUCACCUGGAAUGCAUUUCAAUUGACAGGUGUGCCUUCUGAAAAGUUAAUUUGUGGAAUUUCUUUCCUUCAUAGUGCCGGUGGAAAUGUGUCCUUUGGUCUGGAGUCCAAAUUUAAGGUGUUUGGUUCCAACCGCUGUGUCUUUGUGAGACGCGGUGUGGGUGAACGGAUUAUCUCCGCAUGUGUAUUUCCCACCGUAAAGCAUGGAGGUUAUUUGCUGAUGACACUGUCUGUGAUUUAUUUAGAAUUCAAGGCACAUUUAACCAGCAUGGCUACCGCAUUCUGCAGCGAUACACCAUCCCAUCUGGUUUGGGCUUAGUAGGGCUAUCAUUUGUUUUUCAACAGGACAAUGACCAAACACACCUCCAGGCUGUGUAAGGGCUAUUUUACCAAGAAGGAGAGUGAUGGAGUGCUGCAUCAGAUGACCUGGCCUCCACAAUCCCCCGACCUCAAACAAAUUGAGAUGGUUUGGGAUGAGUCGGACCGCAGAGUGAAGAAAGCAGCCAACAAGUGCUCAGCAGAUGUGGGAACUCCUUCAACACUGUUGGAAAAGCAUUCCAGGUGAAGCUGAUUGAGAGAAUGCCAAGAGUGUGCAAAGCUGUCAAGGCGAAGGGUGGCUAUUUGAAGAAUCUCAAAUAUAAAAUGUAUUUUUUUUAGCAACUUUUUGGUUACUACAUGAUUCCAUAUGUGUUAUUUCAUAGUUGUGAUGUCUUCACUAUUAUUCUACAACAUAGAAAAUUGUAAAAAUAAAGAAAAACCCUUGAAUGACUAGGUGUUCUAAAACUUUUGACCGGUAGUGUAUGUGUAUAUACAGUGAGGGAAAAAAAGUAUUUGAUCCCCUGCUGAUUUUGUACGUUUGCCCACUGACAAAUAAAUGAUCAGUCUAUAAUUUUAAUGGUAGGUUUAUUUGAACAGUGAGAGACAGAAUAACAACAAAAAAAUCCAGAUAAACGCAUGUCAAAAAUGUUAUAAAAAGAUUUCUGGCUCCCAGGUGUCUUUUAUACAGGUAAUGAGCUGAGAUUAGGAGCAUACUCUUAAAGGGAGUGCUCCUAAUCUCAGCUUGUUAACUGUAUAAAAGACACCUGUCCACAGAAGCAAUCAAUCAAUCAGAUUCCACUCUCCACCAUGGCCAAGACCAAAGAGCUCUCCAAGGAUGUCAGGGACAAGAUUGUAGACCUACACAAGGCUGGAAUGGGCUACAAGACCAUCGCCAAGCAACUUGGUGAGAAGGUGACAAAAGUUGGUGCGAUUAAUCGCAAAUGGAAGAAAUACAAAAUAACUGUCAAUCUCCCUCGGCCUGGGGCUCCAUGCAAGAUCUCACCUCGUGGAGUUGCAAUGAUCAUGAGAACGUUGAGGAAUCAGCCCAGAACUACACGGGAGGAUCUUGUCAAUGAUCUCAAGGCAGCUGGGACCAUAGUCACCAAGAAAACAAUUGGUAACACACUACGCCAUGAAGGACUGAAAUCCCGCAAGGUCCCCCUGCUCAAGAAAGCACAUAUACAGGGCCGUCUGAAGUUUGCCAAUGAACAUCUGAAUGAUUCCGAGGAGAACUGGGUGAAAGUGUUGUGGUCAGAUGAGAACAAAAUUGAGCUCUUUAGCAUCAACUCAACUUGCCGUGUUUGGAGGAGGAGGAAUGCUGCCUAUGACCCCAAGAACACCAUCCCGGCCGUCAAACAUGGAGGUGGAAACAUUAUGCUUUGGGGGUGUUUUUCUGCUAAGGGGACAGGACAACUUCACCGGAUCAAAGGGACGAUGGACGGGGCCAUGUACCGUCAACUCUUGGGUGAGAACCUCCUUCCCUCAGCCAAGGCAUUGAAAAUGGGUCGUGGAUGAGUAUUCCAGCAUGACAAUGACCCAAAACACACGGCCAAUGCAACAAAGGAGUGGCUCAAGAAGAAGCACAUUAAGGUCCUGGAGUGGCCUAGCCAAUCUCCAGACCUUAAUCCCAUAGAAAAUCUGUGGAGGGAGCUGAAGGUUCGAGUUGCCAAACGUCAGCCUUGAAACCUUAAUGACUUGGAGAAGAUCUGCAAAGAGGAGUGGAACAAAAUCCCUCCUGAGAUGUGUGCAAAUCUGGUGGCCAACUACAAGAAACGUCUGACCUCUGUGAUUGCCAAAAAGGGUUUUGCUACCAAAUACUAAGUCAUGUUUUGCAGACGGGUCAAAUACUUAUUUCCCUCAUUAAAAUGCAAAUCAAUUUAUAACAUUUUUGACUUGUGUUUUUCUGGAUUUUGUUGUUGUUAUUCUGUCUCUUACUGUUCAAAUAAACCUACCAUUAAAAUUAUAGACUGAUCAACUCUUUGUCAGUGGGCAAACUUACAAAAUCAGCAGGGGAUCAAAUACAUGUUUCCCUCACUGUACAGUUGAACUCAGAAGUUUACAUAAACUCAGGUUGAAGUCAUUAAAACUUGUUUUUCAACCACUCCACACAUUUCUUGUUAACAAACUAUAGUUUUGUCAAGUCGGUUAGGACAUCUACUUUGUUAUGACACAAGGAAUUUUUCCAACAAUUGUUUACAGACAGAUUAUUUCACUUAUAAUUCACUGUAUCACAAUUCCAGUGUGUCAGAAGUUUACAUACACUAAGUUGACUGUGCCUUUAAACAGCUUGGAAAAUUCCAGAAAAUGAUGUGAUGGCUUUAGAAGCUUCUGAUAAGCUAAUUGACAUCAUUUGAGUCAAUUGGAGGUGUACCUGUGGAUGUAUUUCAAGGACUAGCUUCAAACUCAGUGCCUCUUUGCUAGACAUCAUUGGAAAAUCAAAAUAAAUCAGCCAAGACCUCAGAUUUUUUUUUUUAGACCUCCACAAGUCUGGUUCAUCCUUGGGAGCAAUUUCCAAACGCCUGAAGUUGCCACGUUCAUCUGUACAAACAAUGGUACGCAGGUAUAAACACCAUGGGACCAUGCAGCCAUCAUACCGCUCAGGAAGGAGACGCAUUCUGUCUCCUAGAGAUGAACGUACUUUGGUGCGAAAAGUGCAAAUCAAUCCCAGAACAACAGCAAAGGACCUUGUGAAGAUGCUGGAGGAAACAGGUACAAAAGUAUCUAUAUCCGCAGUAAAACAAGUAAUAUAUCAACCUUACCUGAAAGGCCGCUCAGCAAGGAAGAAGGCAUUGCUCCAAAACUGUGUGAAAUCGCGUGAAAAAUGAGUUUUAAUGACGCCAACCUAAGUGUAUGUAAACUUCCGACUUCAACUGUGUAUAUAUAUACAGUGGGGAGAACAAGUAUUUGAUACACUGCCGAUUUUGUAGGUUUUCCUACUUACAAAGCAUGUAGAGGUCUGUAAUUUUUAUCAUAGGUACACUUAAACUGUGAGAGACGGAAUCUAAAACAAAAAUCUAGAAAAUCACAUUGUAUGAUUUUUAAGUAAUUAAUUUGUAUUUUAUUGCAUGACAUACAGUGGGGGGAAAAAGUAUUUAGUCAGCCACCAAUUGUGCAAGUUCUCCCAGUUAAAAAGAUGAGAGAGGCCUGUAAUUUUCAUCAUAGGUACAAGUCAACUAUGACAGACAAAUUGAGAAAAAAAAAUCCAGAAUAUCACAUUGUAGGAUUUGUAAUGAAUUUAUUUGCAAAUUAUGGUGGAAAAUAAGUAUUUGGUCACCUACAAACAAGCAAGAUUUCUGGCUCUCACAGACCUGUAACUUAUUCUUUAAGAGGCUCCUCUGUCCUCCACUCGUUACCUGUAUUAAUGGCACCUGUUUGAACUUAUCAGUAUAAAAGACACCUGUCCACAACCUCAAACAGUCACACUCCAAAAUCCACUAUGGCCAAGACCAAAGAGCUGUCAAAGGACACCAGAAACAAAAUUGUAGACCUGCACCAGGCUGGGAAGACUGAAUCUGCAAUAGGUAAGCAGCUUGGUUUGAAGAAAUCAACUGUGGGAGCAAUUAUUAGGAAAUGGAAGACAUACAAGACCACUGAUAAUCUCCCUCGAUCUGGGGCUCCACGCAAGAUCUCACCCCUUGGGGUCCAAAUUAUCACAAGAACGGUGAGCAAAAAUCCCAGAACCACACAGUGAAUGAAUGACCUGCAGAGAGCUGGGACCAAAGUAACAAAGCCUACCAUCAGUAACACACUACGCCGCCAGGGACUCAAAUCCUGCAGUGCCAGACGUGUCCCCCUGCUUAAGCCAGUACAUGUCCAGGCCCGUCUGAAGUUUGCUAGAGUGCAUUUGGAUGAUCCAGAAGAGGAUUGGGAGAAUGUCAUAUGGUCAGAUGAAACCAAAAUAUAACUUUUUGGUAAAACCUCAACUCGUCAUGUUUGGAGGACAAAGAAUGCUGAGUUGCAUCCAAAGAACACCAUACCUACUGCGAAGCAUGGGGGUGGAAACAUCAUGCUUUGGGGCUGUUUUUCUGCAAAGGGACCAGGACGACUGAUCCGUGUAAAGGAAAGAAUGAAUGGGGCCAUGUAUCGUGAGAUUUUGAGUGAAAACCUCCUUCCAUCAGCAAGGGCAUUGAAGAUGAAACGUGGCUGGGUCUUUCAGCAUGACAAUGAUCCCAAACACACCGCCCGGGCAACGAAGGAGUGGCUUUGUAAGAAGCUAUUCAAGGUCCUGGAGUGGCCUAGCCAGUCUCCAGAUCUCAACCCCAUAGAAAAUCUUUGGAGGGAGUUGAAAGUCCGUGUUGCCCAGUGACAGCCCCAAAACAUCACUGCUCUAGAGGAGAUCUGCAUGGAGGAAUGGGCCAAAAUACCAGCAACAGUGUGUGAAAACAUUGUGAAGACUUACAGAAAACGUUUGACCUGUGUCAUUGCCAAUAAAGGGUAUAUAACAAAGUAUUGAGAAACUUUUGUUAUUGACCAAAUACUUAUUUUCCACCAUAAUUUGCAAAUAAAUUCAUUAAAAAUCCUACAAUGUGAUUUUCUGGAUUUUUUUUCUCUCAUUUUGUCUGUCAUAGUUGACGUGUACCUAUGAUGACAAUUACAGGCCUCUCUCAUCUUUUUAAGUGGGAGAACUUGCACAAUUGGUGGCUGACUAAAUACUUUUUUUAUCUACUGUAAGUAUUUGAUACAUCAGAAAAGCAGAACUUAAUAUUUGGUACAGAAACCUUUGUUUGCAAUUACAGAGAUCAUACGUUUCCUGUAGGUCUUGACCAAGUUUGCACACACUGCAGUAGGGAUUUUGGCUCACUCCUCCAUACAGACCUUCUCCAGAUCCUUCAGGUUUCGGGGCUGUCGCUGGGCAAAACGGAUUCAGGUCUGGAGACUGGCUAGGCCACUCCAGGACCUUGAGAUGCUUCUUACGGAGCCACUCCUUAGUUGCCCUGGCUGUGUGUUUCGGGUCGUUGUCAUGCUGGAAGACCCAGCCACGACCAAUCUUCAAUGCUCUUACUGAGGGAAGGAGGUUGUUGGCCAAGAUCUCGCGAUACAUGGACCCAUCCAUCCUCCCCUCAAUACGGUGCAGUCGUCCUGUCCCCUUUGCAGAAAAGCAUCCCCAAAGAAUGAUGUUUCCACCUCCAUGCUUCACGGUUGGGAUGGUGUUCUUGGGGUUGUACUCAUCCAUCUUCUUCCUCCAAACACGGCGAGUGGAGUUUAGACCAAAAAGCUCUAUUUUUGUCUCAUCAGACAACAUGACCUUCUCCCAUUCCUCCUCUGGAUCAUCCAGAUGGUCAUUGGCAAACUUCAGACGGGCCUGGACGUGCGCUGGCUUGAGCAGGAGGACCUUGCGUGCGCUGCAGGAUUUUAAUCCAUGACGGCGUAGUGUGUUACUAAUGGUUUUCUUUGAGAUUGUGGUCCCAGCUCUCUUCAGGUCAUUGACCAGGUCCUGCCGUGUAGUUCUGGGCUGAUCCCUCACCUUCCUCAUGAUCAUUGAUGCCCCACGAGGUGAGAUCUUGCAUGGAGCCCCAGACCGAGUGUGAUUGACCAUCAUCUUGAACUUCUUCCAUUUUCUAAUAAUUGCACCAACAGUUGUUGCCUUCUCUCCAAGCUGCUUGCCUAUUGUCCUGUAGCCCAUCCCAGCCUUUUGCAGGUCUACAAUUGUAUCCCUGAUGUCCUUACACAGCUCUCUGGUCUUGGCCAUUGUGGAGAGGUUGGAGUCUGUUUGAUUGAGUGUUUGGACAGGUGUCUUUUAUACAGGUAACGAGUUCAAACAGGUGCAGUUAAUACAGGUAAUGAGUGGAGAACAGGAGGGCUUCUUAAAGAAAAACUAACGGGUCUGUGAGAGCCGGAACUCUUACUGGUUGGUAGGUGAUCAAAUACUCAUAUCAUGCAAUAAAAUGCAAAUUAAUUACUUAAAAAUCAUACAAUGUGAUUUUCUGGAUUCUCUCACAGUUGAAGUGUACCUAUGAUAAAAAUUACAGACCUCUACAUGCUUUGUAAGUAGGAAAACCUGCAAAAUUGGCAGUGUAUCAAAUACUUGUUCUUAUAUAAUAUAAUAUAAUAUAAUAAUUAUUAGUAUUAUUAGUAUUAUUUAGUUUUGGCCACAAAUACGAGUAUAGUACAAGUCAGCAGCAUUAUUUGGGUAUCAGUCAACAUAUUAUAAACUUUUAAAAGUAAAUUUUCACUGGACACUUACUUUAACAAAUCUAACAUGGAUGUGAAUGGAUGUAUUGGUUGCUGUCGUUGGUGGAGCUAACAUGGUCCAGCUCUGUCUUCUCUCCCAACAGAACAAACCCUGUUAGAGCACGUGGCCCAGACCUCCCCAACUAGCCCCUUUUCUGUCCAGGCCUUCAACAGGGCUGCUGCAGCCAAUGGGGCCAAUGGGGCACAGGGCUUCAACUACGGCAUCUCAAACAACAAAGGUGAGGCCAGCCGGGGGACGUGGAUAGGUGGCUGGGUGUUGAGAGGGAAGCCUACACUGAGUGUACAAAACAUUAGGAACACCUUCCUAAUAUUGACUUGUACCCCCAGUUGCCCUCAGAAUAGCCUCAAUUCAUCGGGGCAUGGACUCUACUCUACAAGGUGUCGAAAGCGUUCCACUGAGAUACUGGCCCAUGUUUACUCCAAUGCUUCCCACAGUUGUGUCAAGUUGGCUGGGUGUCCUUUGGGUGGUGGACCAUUCUAGAUACAAACAAGAAACUGUUGAGCGUGAAAAACCCAGCAGCAUUGCAGUUCUUGACAAACUCAAACCGGUGCACCUGGCACCUACUACCAUACCCCGUUCAAAGGCACUUAAAUAUUUUGUCUUGCCCAUUCACCCUCUGAUUGGCACACAUACACAAUCAAUGUCUCAAUUGCCUCAAGGCUUAAAAAUGAUUAUUUAACCUGUCUCCUCCCCUUCAUCCACACUGAUUGAAGGUGACAUCAAUACGGGAUCAUAGCUUUCACCAGGUCAGUCUGUCAUGGAAAGAGUAGUUGUUCCUAAUGUUUUGUACACUGUGUACAUGCACUUGGGGCUUGGUAGCUACAGCUGCUUCUGCUUUAGGAAUCUCCUAAGUUGUUGCCUGAAGCAGAACCUUGGUUGUGGUUAUUAGGCAUAACACUUAAGAAAAUGGUCCAACAUGGAGUGAAAUGAGAAGGUACUAGGUUUCGUUGUCUAGGUUUCGUUGUCUGUUGCAAAGCGUUUUAAAACAAAUCUAAUUGUAUUUGUCACAUGCGCCAAAUACAACAGGUGUAGACAUUACCGUGAAAUGCUUACUUACAAGCCCUUAACCAACAAUGUAGUUUAAAAAAAAAACUAUGCAGUUCAAGAAAUUUCAGAGUUUUCAGAGUUCAGAAAAUAUUUACUAAAAAACUAAAGUAAAGAAUAAAAUAAAAUGUAACACAAUAAAAUAACAUAACAAGGCUAUAUACAGGGGGUACCGGUACCGAGUCAAUGUGCGGGGGUACAGGUUAUUCGAGGUAAUUAGGUAGGGGUAAAGUGACUGCAUAGAUAAUAAACAGUGAGUAGCAGCAGUGUAAAAACAAAGGGGGGGGGGGGGGGUCAAUAUAAAUAGUUUGGGUGGCCAUUUGAUUAAUUGUUCAGCAGUUUUAUGGCUUGGGGGUAGAAGCUGUUAAGGAGCUAGACUUGGCGCUCCGGUACCGCUUGCCGUGCGGUAGCAGAGAGAAUAGUCUAUGACUUGGGUGACUGGAGUCUUUCACAAUUUUUGGGGCUUUCCUCUGACACCACCUAGUAUAUAGGUCCUGGAUGGCAGGAAGCUUGGCCCCAGUGAUGUACUGGGCCGUACACACUGCUCUCUGUAGCGCCUUACGGUCGGAUGCCGAGCAGUUGCCAUACCGGGCGGUGAUGCAAACGGUCAGGAUGAUCUCGAUGGUGCAGCUGUAUAACUUUUUGAGGAUCUGGGGACCCAUUCCAAAUAUUUUCAGUCUCCUGAGGGCGACUGUCUUGGUGUGUUUGGACCAUGAUAGUUCGUUGGACUCCUUUUCCUGUAGUCCACAAUCAGCUCCUUCGCGUCGGACUCAUUAAAGAAAAAAUCUUUGUCCAGUUUGAGGUGAGGAAUCGCUGUUCUGAUGUCCAGAAGCUCUAUUCGGUCAUAAGAGACGGUAGCAGCAUCAUAAUAUACAAAAGUUACAAACAAUGCAAAAAGGAGCCCGUAAAACAGCAGCCAUCCCCUCCGGCGCCAUUAUUAAAACAUGUUCUGUUGUGCGCCCAAAUGAACACAACCCAGAUGUGGCAACCAGGCUGCCUCACACAUAGGCACCAAUCAAGGAGAAUGAAAAUGGACUAACUCAAACUUAACCAAGCCUUACUUUGCUAUUCUCCUUAUCUCUCCUUCUAUGAUAUGUUGUCUGACUAGUAAUAUUCUGACUUGAAAUACUCAUGGCAUUGCCUAUGCAAGUCAGAUUAUUGGAGACACUCAGAUGUAUUGUGCUUAGGUUAGUUAUGCAUAUAUAUCUCAAGUGAGGAUGUGUCAAACAUAGUUUAUUUUUCCUUACAAAACCUUGCCGAUUUAUUAAUCAAUUAACCCACUUGUCGAAAUCAUGUCUUCAGUGCCUUAUUUUAACAACCAUUAUCAAUUUUCACUUUGGGUACAAAAUUUAGGAAUGAGUGUGAUUAUGGAACUGCUGAAGAGUUUCCACAAACAGUUGCUCCUUCUCACUUCUUCUCUCUUUGUCUUUCUUUAUACACUGUGUUUUUUAAUUCCUGUUUACUUCCUGCUUCUUGGUGACAUGUCUCACAACUUCCUGUGGGCUUCCUGGGUUCUCUUGGUCUCGCUGUUUGACUCCCAAAUCAUUAUAAUUUUUGUGCACAACUGGAAUGUUGAUGUAAAUUAACUGGUAGUGUGCUAGUUUUGUAGUUUUGGGGGAAUAGUGGAAAGACCAAAGCAUUGGCAAAAUCUUAAAGGUAUAGUUCACUUUUUAGUAGCUUAUUUUCGACAUACCUAGGGUGAUAUCAUUUUGUCAAAGCCAAUUUUUUAUUCGUUAGCUGGUUAUUUCGCAUUUUUGGAGACUAUAGCAAUGCUAGUGGAAAUGGAUUGUAUCAGUUAGCGGUGCACUCAAAAGCCUUGGGAAAGCGGGGUAGUGGCCCAAAGCGGUACUCUUUCCCCAUGCUGGAUCAAGUUGACCUUCCAAGGCCACAGGAGCUGUCAAUAGUCACUAACUCUCUGUCCAUUUUUUAGUUGUGCAUGUCUCAUUGUGUUUCACGAUGUGUGUAUAUCAUGUCUAACAUCACUACUAAGUUUCAGGCAUAAUGUUUCUGUCUGUGUGCAUGGUCCGGUCAGUGUGCUUCUGCAAGGUCAGGUGGGAUCUGGAACACCAUUGUUCACAAGUUCCCCCCAACUAGAAGGGGUGUCCUGGCUAUACUCUCCAACCUGGCCCCUCAUACGUCCCUAGACAACUUGACCAAAACGGAAUCACCCCCCACAGCUUCCAGUUGACUCAUCUGACCCCUUUCCUCUCCAAAUUCCCUCCAAGUUUUUCUCAGGUUUUUUGUAGUGAGAAUGAUUUCUUACCUGGUGGUGCUGAGCGAUUAAUCGAAUUGUCUUUUUUUUGGGGGGGUGGGUAUUAAACAACUAAUUGACCGACAUUGGUUGUGUGGGACGCUGGGCUGAAGGGACUUGUUUUCACUAAGCAAAUAUUCAACCUAGUUCAGUGCAGAAACUAAUUAACUACAAUGACCAUAAUCCAUUGCGCCUGUUUUUUCCAGCUCGGACAGAGACCGUUACAGUUUUACGCCUGCUACUUUAGGUUAGAUACACACAGACCACGUAGACCGCAUGAGAGAGGAAUAAACACAACCACAAGAGGGAAAGAGACAGUUCGUGAAAGUAUGCCUUAUCUACUUUGAAGAACUAGUAAAAUGAUUUCGUCGGACAGCUCUGCAGCAUACUUAGGCAGGCUAGCCUAGCUAAAUAGGAUGACUAAAGACAGUACAGUAUGGGGAGCACAGAGGUAAUGUUUGAUGGUCUGGCUGGCUGCUGUUACCUGAGCAGAGAUUAGAUUAUGACUUUAAGGAAUAAAAUAAGUAAAAAAAAUCAUCAAAUAAAAACUAAGUAACUGAAAUAUCUUAUUAUUUCAUAGUAAUUUCCUAUUUUUCUAUUGAUGUCUACCCAAUGUGGACCUGACUGAGACAAUAUAAUAUUUUCUAUGUUUUGGCAAUUGAAUGUUCACGAUUUUUUGCAUUGGAAUUUUCAUUAAAAAGCUCUAAAAUCAUUUAAAAAUCAUUUUAAUGUCAUUAUUUCAUAAUGCAUUUAAUGUUACAUUUAAUAUUUUUGCGCAACUGAAAUCGGAAACUGUGAUUCUUUAAAAAAAAUAUCGAAAUGAAACUGACCUCAAAAAGCACUAAUCACUCAGCACUAUUACCUGGUAAAUUAAAUGUAAAUUAGUCAGUACAAUAGGUCUGGGAGGGUGCUUGACUUUCAGAACUGGCUUACCAUUUACUUGGUACCAUUUACGUUUUUCAAAAGAUCUCUCUCUAUAGACUAAGUUCACUGAUUGUACAAAAAAUGUAGAACACCUUCCUAAUAUUGAGUUGUGCAUCCCCUUUUGCCUUCAUUCAUUCCGGGGCAUGGACUCUACAAGGUGCCGAAAGCGUUCAACAGGGAUGCUGGCCCAUGUUGACAUCAAUGCUUCCCCCAGUUGGCUGGAUGUCCUUUGGGUGGUGGACCAUUCUUGAUACUCACCGGAAACUGUUGAGCGUGAAAAACCCAGCAGUGUUGCAGUUCAUUAGGUGUUCCUAAUGUUUUGUCAUAAUUCACCGGAAUUAGUCAAACCUGAAUCAAUUUUCCCUAAAAUCUUUCAGAGAAAAUUUUAUAAUUUUGUUAUUCCAUAUGGAAAUGACUGAAGGACAGGAUUUUUCUAUGUUGUUGGGGAGAAAGCUGAUGCCCUCGACGUUACUGCUACAGUACAUAUAGUACAAACAGUUUUAUUUUCAGCCAAUCGCCAUUACUGUCCUGAAACCCCACCCUGUGACAUCCCCCAUUACCCCAUUGUGACUUUAGUUUACCCCCUUCCCUCCCUAUCUCUGGCAUUACCUGUGUGGGAGAUGAUGAUUGAUCAAUGGACAUUUUAAUGUUUAAUGGAUUAAUUGAUUGAUUGAUACCCCCCCCCCCUUUGGAAUUCUAUAAGACCAUAGUGUAAGCUAAGCUGUAGUCCGUCCGUCCCCCUCCCCCCCUUCCCCUUGUCUUCCGUUAUUUGCAGGUGACCAACAGUUGAGUGCCAUACUGAAUAGUGCCAUUCAGUCUGGGCCCUUCCUCCCUCCAGCCGCUCCUCCCUCCUCUUCCUCCGUAUUUGAGCAAGCCGCCCAUCUUUCCUCCUCCUCCCUUGUCCACAGCCCAUUUGUGUUUGGACAAUGCCCCAGUUCCCAAGUGUCUCAGCCGCAGCCACAGCUUCUGAGUAAGUCUGUCUGUCUGUAUGACAGUGUCGGCGCUUGUUUGCACAGGUGCUGCCUGGUCCCAUCUUAACUCCUCCUUAGCUUAUCACUCUUUUGUUUUGGAUUUUUACUUUACAUGCCUAUUUGUUUAGCUUAUUUCUGGGAUUUUUUUGGUGGGGGACCAAUGACAACGUUGCUGUUAUGGUCUGACUGCUGCUUACCUUGUCUGUACUGUAGCUGCUUGCUUUUUUUAUACCAAUGGUCUUUCUCUCCUUUUCGUCAUCUUCAUCCCCGAUUUAAACAGAGAUUCAGCGAUAUGAAGUGAUCACGGGCAGCAGUCUGCCCAGAGAUAUGAAGUGAUCACGAGCAUCAGUCUGCCCAGAGAUAUGAAGUGAUCACGGGCAGCAGUCUGCCCAGAGAUAUGAAGUGAUCACGAGCAUCAGUCUGCCCAGAGAUAUGAAGUGAUCACGAGCAGCAGUCUGCCCAGAGAUUGUCACAUUUCUUGCUUCUCUCUCCUGCAAUGUUAUAGCUGCCUGACAACAAAUGUUGAUGAGUGCAGCCUCUGCCUUCACAUUGUCUUUGUUUGUGUCAGAACCCUGAGUCGUUAGGACGUCCCCGGGACGUCACGAAAUGGUUGCCUAAAGUCGUCAGGACGUUGUGUCAUGGUCCCCUGGCAGUUUUGUCCAGUUCCCAGUUGGUCCCAGGGGCGUCUCCGAGGACGUUUUUAGGACAAUGUGUCAUGGUCCCCUGAACGUUCUUGGGAUGUUGUCAUGAUCCGCUGGAGGUUUUUGUCUAGUUCUUGUUACCUGAUGGUCGCAAAUAAACUUUCUCCCCCUCCAAAAAUGUUGUUUUACCCAGGGCACGCGCGCCAUAGUUUCAUUACACAUCAGCCCUUGUUACUGCCUAUCAAGGCUCUGAUUGGUGAACCACUGAUUCAGUCACAGCUCUUUGUCUUUUGGCAAUGCUAGGGACACCCACACACAUACAGUGCUCUUAACAUAGUGUUUUCAACUUACACAUUUGACACACUUUGACAUACAUGAUUACAUUGUGUAUGUUUCUUCAUACAGUAUUUUUUUUACAUUGUAGAAUAAUAGUGAAGACAUCAAAACAAUGAAAUAACACAUAUGGAAUCAUGUAGUAACCAAAAAAGUGUUAAACAAAUCAAAAUAUAUUUUAUAUGAUUCUUCAAAUAGCCACCGUUUGCCUUGAUGACAGCUUUGCACACUCUUGGCAUUCUCUCAACCAGCUUCAUGAAGUAGUCACCUGGAAUGCAUUUCAAUUAACAGGUGUGCUUCUUAAAAGUUGAUUUGUGGAAUUUCUUUCCUUCUUAAUGCGUUUGAGCCAAUCAGUUGUGUUGUGACAAGGUAGGGGCUUAUACAGAAGAUAGCCCUAUUUGGUAAAAGACCAAGUCCAUAGUAUGGCAAGAACAGUUCAAAUAAGCAAAGAGAAACGACAGUCCAUCAUUACUUUAAGACAUGAAGGUCAGUCAAUACGGAAAAUGUCAAGAACUUUAAAAGUUUCUUCAAGUGCAGUCGCAAAAACCAUCAAGGGCUAUGAUGAAACUCGCUCUCAUGAGGACCGUCACAGGAAUGGAAGACCCAGAGUUACCUCUGCUGCAGAGGAUUAGUUCAUUAGAGUUACCAGCCUCAGAAAUUGCAGCCCAAAUAAAUGUUUACAGAGUUCAAGUCCUAGACACAUCUCAACAUUAACUGUUCAGAGGGGACUGUGUGAAUCAGGCCUUCAUGGUCGAAUUGCUGCAAAGAAACCACUACUAAAGGACACCAAUAAGAAGAAGAGACCUGCUUGAGCCAAGAAAAUCGAGCAAUGGACAUUAGACCGGUGGAAAUUUGUCCUUUGGUCUGGAGUCCAAAUUGGAGAUUUUGGGUUCCAACCGCCGUGUCUUUGUGAGACGCUUUGUGGGUGAACAGAUGUGCAUGUGUUGUUCCCACCGUAAAGCAUGGAGGAGGAGGUGUUAUGGUGUGGGGGUGCUUUACUGGUGACACUGUCUGUGAUUUAUUUAGAAUUCAAGACACACUUAACCAGCAUGGCUACCACAGCAUUCUGCAGCGAUAAGCCAUCCCAUCUGGUUUGGGCUUAGUAGGACUAUCAUUUGUUUUUCAGCAGGACAAUGACCCAACACACCUCCAGGCUGUGUAAGGGCUAUUUUACCAAGAAGGAGAGUGAUGGAGUGCUGCAUCAGAUGACCUGGCCUCCACAAUCCCCCGACCUCAACCCAAUUGAGAUGGUUUGGGAUGAGUCGGACAGCAGAGGGAAGGAUGUCCCCUGGACAAACCAGGAACUAGACAAAACCUCCAGGUGACCAUGACACAACAUCCCAAGAAUGUUCAGGGGACUUUUUGGGGACCACCCAAAAAUGGGACAAACCGGGAGCUAUAAAAAGGUCACCCAGAGAAUGUUCCCUUGGGACCAUCGCGCGGCGUCCUAAAAACUAGUCAAAUGAAAGUCCUGAACGUCCUAACAAAUCCUGACAUGGUCCUCAGUGACAUCCUGGGAAUAUACAGGGAGCUAGACAAAGUUUCCCCAGAGAACGCUCCCUUGUGAACAUCAUGCAACGUUCUUAAAAUGUCCUCAGUAUGUCAGUGGGAUAACGUCACGCCGCAACCCUUAAGUGAAAUAAUGGGAACGCUGCCGAAUGUCCUCAGGACCCCGCUCCUCUUGGUAAAUGCAUAUCUUUGAUUCUACUUUUAAACAUGAGCUCUGCAGCUCCCAUCUCUGCUUAGAACUCUCAACCAGCCCAGGGCUGCACUGCAAAUGUAGACUACCGUAGUGUAAUCUAUCAGAUCUGAAUUUAGGAAGCAUCAUUUUGUGUUCGAGUUACUGUAUUAAUUUACCACAUUCAUUCAUUAUUUUUAUUUCUGAAUCUCUAAAAAGUUCCCGGACGGGUACACUAAACUAAAUGCCUAGAGAAUGUGUCAAUAUGACCAAACUUACUAACCUUAACUUGCAGCACAUGUGGUGCGCUAAUCAGAAACAAUCUCAUGGUCAGAUUAGUUGAUAUUCUUCUAACUAUUAAGUAUCAAUAAAGUAUGAGAUGUAUCAAUAUGUUUCCAUUCACUGCAUUAUCUCAGCCCCGGGUUCAAACUGCAGUCUCCCAGCCCUAGUUCAUGCACGGGGGGCCAGUAUGAAAAAAUGUAGGCACUCACUAACUGUAAGUCGCUCUGGAUAAGAGCGUCUGCUAAAUGAUCCCCCCCCCCCAAAAAAGAAUGCAUCUCUUACUACUCUUUUUUUCUGUUCUCUUAUAGCUGUCUUAACUCCAGCUGUCGGUCUGACUGUGUCCGUCUUUUGCACUCUCAAUGUUCAUCCUCUCUCUCUCUCCCUCCUUUCUCUAACUCUUUCUCUCCCUCUUUCUCCCCCUCACUCUUUCUCCCCCUCACUCUUUCUUACUGUGGUGUGUUUCCUUACCUGUUCUCUCUACUUACCUGCACUCGCUUUACUCUUCCUCUCUGUGAUGGUGUCCCUGCCUUCAUGUCCUGUGUUUUGCUUUUCUGCCACUGUUUUCCGCUGUAGAUGGUUCUUCAUCACACAGCUUUGCAUAUUCUCAAGAGUGUGUGCACAAAAGCAGUGUGUCCACGGCUGGGCAUGGUUCUGCUCUCAGGCAAAAGGGUGGGUAACAUACAGAAUGCAUGCGUUCUUCAGACUGAACAGUGGGUGUCAGUUACUGAGCCAGUUAAUGCUGAACAACAGGAUACAUGGGGUGGGAAUAAUGUCCCUAGACAGGAUCCAUUCUAAAUACCAAUUAUAUAAUACCUAGCCUAGGGGACAGUGCUGGGCUGGGCUUUUCUCAUCUGUUGCGCAAUGAUCCUUUAGCUACCCCUGUCAAUGUUAGGGGCUUUCAGCAAAUAGAUGGACAGACCUUUCAGACAUGCUUAGGUUGAUUUAGAUAAUUUGGAAGAAGCUCAGUCACUAUUUCAAGGCUCUUCUAGAAUUUCUACCACAAUUAUGUCUUCUGCUGAAUUGCAGUCACUAAAGUGAAUUGGUCGACAACUUUCCACAGUCUGAGGUUUCUUAUUAUUUCUUUUAACAUCAUUUUCUCAGACUUUUCUUCAUUUCCUCCCAUUCGUUGAAUUUUUCCUUCCCUUUCAUAAUCCCUUUUGUUUUGACCCUUAGAUAUUGAGUGUUGUACUCUGAGUAAACUGGAUGUGCUGCCUUUUACAGUAAACCUCUAUGAGUUAUAGUAUAACUGUUUCUAUGUUGUGGCUGUCUACUAGGUAACUCAGGGACACGCCCCAUGUCCCCAGCCUCUAAACACCGACAGGAAAGCCACUCCCCAAAACAGGAGGGGCGCGGUGGUCGCUCCUCGGACCACUCCAAAAGCAAAGACCUGUUGGCCAGCGAGGCACUGAUCCUGCGGUCGGACACAGCCAAGCUGCGGUCAGACUCCCAUAGCCGCUCCCACUCACCCAACCAUAACACCUUGCAGGCGCGGAAGGCCGACGGGCGUGAUCGUAACUCCGAAUCGCCCAACCCUGGCUCCCGCUCCUCCUCGCCCAAGCAGAAGGACCUGUCCUCCUCCUCGGGGAGGUAUAGCCCCUCUAGCACCUCCUUUCCGGGGUCCUCCUCCCCCCAGCAUGAUAAGAACCUUGCUCAGGACAAGAACCAACCAAUUGACAAGAACAUGCCAGAAGACAAGAACCAACCAGUCGAUAAGAACAUGCCACAAGACAAGAACCAACCCCAUGACCAGAACCUCCCUCCCAAAGUCAGCCCCUCCUCCAAGGCUCGGCUGGACCUGCCCAGAGAGAGAUCCAAGUCGGACUCGUACACCCUGGACCCGGACACCCUAAGGAAAAAGGUCCCUCUCACCUCGGAGCCACUGAGGGGAAGGUCCACCUCGCCCAAACCCAAACUACCCCCCAAGGACAGGAGCAGCAAAGGAGGUGACAGGAACACGGAGAACCGCACCCCGUCGCCCCAUGUAACCCAGGAGGACCUCCACAGCGAGGUGGUGGAGGUGUGUGCGUCUAGCACUCUUCUUUCCAAUGAUGAUGAAGGAAACGACGAGAACGUUAAGGUGAGCAACACAGAGGAGGGCUCCUCCAAGGUGCACUUCAGCAUCGGCAAGGCGCCCAUCAAGGAGGAACUGGAGAGCAGCCGCUUGUCGCCCAAAGUCAGCCGCAAGACCUCCAGCCGCCAUGUGCGCCCCAAGAAGGACAAGUCGGGCCUGCUCUUCAAGGGCGAGAGCUCAUCGAGGCUCGCCGAGCCCACCAAGCAGGCUAUGUCGCCCUCGGUGGCAGAGUGCGCCCGGUCGGUCUUCGCUGCGUUCCUCUGGCACGAGGGCAUCGUCCACGACGCCAUGGCCUGCUCCUCGUUCCUCAAGUUCAACCCGGAGCUGACCAAGGAGCACGCGCCCAUUCGCAGCUCUCUGGGUGGCCAGGGCGGCCAAGAGGAGAGGGAGAGCAAGCUGAAGAACCGCCACUCACUGGAGAUAUCCUCGGCCCUCAAUAUGUUCAACAUUGCCCCACAUGGGCCCGACAUCUCCAAGAUGGGCAGCAUCAACAAGAACAAGGUCCUGUCCAUGCUCAAAGAGCCACCACUGCCCGAGAAGUGUGAGGACGGCAAGGGGGAGCCCAUCUCCUACGAGAUGACCUCUCACCCCUUCAUGAGGGCCAAGUCCAUCCUGCCACUCACCCUCCAGCACCUUGUUGCAUUUUGGGAGGACAUCUCCAUGGCGACCAUCAAGGCAGCCACCCAGAACAUGAUUUUUCCCAGCCCGGGCUCCAGCGCCAUUCUGAAGAAAAAGGAGAACGAGAAGGACAGUAAGAAGUCCAAGAAGGAGAAGAAGAAAAGAGAGAAGGCGGAGGUGCGCCCCAGGGGGAACCUGUUUGGGGAGAUGGCCCAGCUGGCCAUGGGGGGACCGGAGAAGGACACCAUCUGUGAGCUUUGUGGGGACUCGCACCCCUACCCUGUCACCUACCACAUGAGGCAGGCCCACCCAGGUAAGACCAACGAUGGGUUUGGCUUUAUUCCAUACGGUUAGAAAUAUAUACAUGCCAUGUUACUGUGCGAGGUUAGCCUACCUCUCACAUAUAAACUUCAGACAUGAAAGUCCUGUGAAAGGCUGUAUUUUGUUUAUUGGUUGUGUGGAAGAAAAGAAAGCUUUAAAGCUGAAAAUGUCUUCAUACCGAGGCGGAUGGUGGCUAACCCCAUGACACUAUCUGCACUGUAUCUCUGCUAGUACAGCAGCACUACUCAAUAUGAUCUUAGCAUAGAGAUAAGUGUAUAUGUGUUCUAUGUACUAUUUAUGUCUGUGGAUCUUAGCGUCAUCUGGUGUGUUUUGUCUUGGGCAGGUUGUGGUCGCUACGCGGGAGGCCAGGGCUACAACAGCAUCGGCCACUUUUGUGGGGGCUGGGCAGGAAACUGUGGUGACGGAGGGAUCGGAGGAAGUACCUGGUACCUGGUGUGUGACCGCUGCAGGGAGAAGUACCUGAGAGACAAGCAGACUGCAGCCAGGGAAAAGGUACUGUACUGCUCAACGCUUCAAGUCUUACAAUGCAUCAUUAUAACUGUAUCAUAAUGCAUUAUGCCUACAAGUGUUUCCCCAAACUUCGACUUGACCUCUUAGCCACCAGUUAACUUUAACCUCCCUCCCUACCCAUCCAGGUGAAGCAGUCGAGGAAGAAGCCCCUGCAGGUGAAGACGCCGCGGGCGCUGCCCACCAUGGAGGCCCACCAGGUGAUCCGUGCCAAUGCCCUUUUCCUGCUGUCCCUAAUCAGCGCUGCCGAGCCCAGCCUGCUGUGGCACCACCCGCCUCGCCCACUUCACUCCACACUGCCCAGCCUCAAGGAGGGUGUCUCCGACGAGAUGCCCAACAAGAUCGGCUGCCUGUACCUGCAGACGAUGGCCAGGUAAAUGAUAGCUAUUGUGAUGAUGAUCAAAAUGAAAAGGACUGUAAAGACUGGGAGUGAAAACAUUUAAGGUAAUCUCUUUUUAUUUUUGCCUCCCAGACAGUCUCCUUCUCUUUUGGUUUUAUGCCCUUUGGGACGGCAUUACACUUAAAGCGCUGUGGCCAUGUUAAUUGAAGUGACGAUCAUACAUUUUGGUUGUGGAUGGUGUCUUAUCCAUAUCUCACGGACAUAUUACACAGUGAAAACAGUCAUUGAAUUCUUAACCUUUAUUUGCUAGGAGGCAGCAUCCACAUAACCUAAACACUAAAUAUUUGAACUACAUAUGUACGUAAAACCUGUCUCCCCUCUUCCAGGCAACACACAGAGAACUUUGGUGGGUACCAGGAUGACAACCUGUUCCAGGAUGAGAUGAGGUACCUGCGUUCCACGUCUGUCCCUGCGCCCUACAUCUCAGUCACCCCCGACGCCUGCCGCAACGUGUUCGAGGAGCCCAAGAGCAACAUGAAGUCCAUGCCACCCAGGUAACACACACACAGACAACACACACACAUCUCUUUUUGAACGUAGAGAUGAGCAGACUGAUUAUGUCUGUGUUUGUUAUACAGUGAGGGGAAAAAAGUAUUUGAUCCCCUGCUGAUUUUGUACGUUUGCCCACUGACAAAGAAAUGAUCAGUCUAUAAUUUUAAUGGUAGGUUUAUUUUAACAGUGAGAGACAGAAUAACAACAAAAAACACCAGAAAAACGCAUGUAAAAAAUGUUAUAAAUUGAUUUGCAUUUUAAUUAGGGAAAUAAGUAUUUGACAUGGCUCCCAGGUGUCUUUUAUACAGGUAACGAGCUGAGAUUAGGAGCACACUCUUAAAGGGAGUGCUCCUAAUCUCAGUUUGUUACCUGUAUAAAAGACACCUGUCCACAGAAGCAAUCAAUCAAUCAGAUUCCAAACUCUCCACCAUGGCCAAGACCAAAGAGCUCUCCAAGGAUGUCAGGGACAAGAUUGUAUACCUACACAAGGCUGGAAUGGGCUACAAGACCAUCGCCAAGCAGCUUGGUGAGAAGGUGACAACAGUUGGUGCGAUUAUUCGCAAAUGGAAGAAACACAAAAUAACUGUCAAUCUCCCUCGGCCUGGGGCUCCAUGCAAGAUCUCACCUUGUGGAGUUGCAAUGAUCAUGAGAACGGUGAGGAAUCAGCCCAGAACUACACGGGAGGAUCUUGUCAAUGAUCUCAAGGCAGCUGGGACCAUAGUCACCAAGAAAACAAUUGCUAACACACUACGCCAUGAAGGACUGAAAUCCUGCAGCGCCCGCAAGGUCCCCCUGCUCAAGAAAGCACAUAUACAAGCCCGUCUGAAGUUUGCCAAUGAACAUCUGAAUGAUUCAGAGGAGAACAGGGAGAAAGUGUUGUGGUCAGAUGAGACCAAAAUCGAGCUCUUUGGCAUCAACUCAACUCGCCGUGUUUGGAGGAGGAGGAAUGCUGCCUAUGACCCCAAGAACACCAUCCCCACCGUCAAACAUGGAGGUGGAAACAUUAUGCUUUGGGGGUGUUUUUCUGCUAAGGGGACAGGACAACUUCACCACAUCAAAGGGACGAUGGAUGGGGCCAUGUACCGUCAAAUCUUGGGUGAGAACCUCCAUCCUUCAGCCAGGGCAUUGAAAAUGGAUCGUGGAUGGGUAUUCCAGCAUGACAAUGACCCAAAACACACGGCCAAGGCAACAAAGGAGUGGCUCAAGAAGAAGCACAUUAAGGCCCUGGAGUGGCCUAGCCAGUCUCCAGACCUUAAUCUCAUAGAAAAUCUGUGGUAGGGAGCUGAAGUUUCGAGUUGCCAAACGUCAGCCUCAAAACCUUAAUGACUUGGAGAAGAUCUGCAAAGAGGAGUGGAACAACAUCCCUCCUGAGAUGUGUGCAAACCUGGUGGCCAACUACAAGAAACGUCUGAUCUCUGAUCAUGUCUUUGUCAGUGGGCAAACUUACAAAAUCAGCAGGGGAUCAAAUACUUUUUUCCCUCACUGUAUGUGGUUGUAGUGUGUGUCAUAUCUGUUGGUCAACAUUUCUCUGUGUUCAUCUCUUGCAGUCUGGAGACCAGCCCAAUCACAGACAGUGACUUGUCCAAGCGGAUGGUGUUCCAGAGGUCUUACUCUGUAGUGGCCUCUGAGUAUGACAAGCAGCACUCGGCCUCCCCGGCCAGGGUCAAAGCCGUGCCCAGACGCAGAGUCCACAGUGGGAAUGCAGGUGGGUAAACCUUCCCCUGAACCACCAGACCAGAGGGCUUUGUGCCUACUUACUAUUAGAACUAAAGGGUUUGGAUGCAGACAAAAAAUAGUUAUUCUACACCUCACCAUUAUCCAAUUAACCUGAUAUUUACUACACAAGUAUUAUGGUAAUGGUCAUUGUAUGAUAAAGACAUUAAAAUAUGUCCUAUUUAGUUUUCAUAUGAUUUAUUGAGUUAUACCACUUCCCCACUGUUAUAACAAAGCAAAUAUCAGUUUCUUUGUAAAUAUCAGGUGAAUUUUAGCUGGAAUAGGGUUGCAAAUUCCUAAGUGUUGCCAAUUACCAUGACAUUUGUAAUACCGUAUUUAAUAAGUAUGGCAUUUUUAUUUAUUGUUUUGUUAUUAGGGGUUCAUGCAGUGAAUCUGAUGAAACCCUAUUGUAUUUGUUGGCGUUCAUUAUUAUAAUUAUUGUUAGGGGUUCAAGCAACAAAGCCAGUGAAACCCUAUUGUAUUUGUUGGUGUUUAUUAUUAUUAUUAUUAUUAUUAUUAGGGGUUCAAGCAGAGAAGCUGGUGAAACCGUAUUGUAUUUCUUGGUGUUUAUUAUUAUUAGGGGUUCAGCAGCUAAGCUGGUGAAACCCUAUUAUAUUUGUUCCAGUUUGUUCCUAGUUUGUUCCUAGUCGAUCUCCAAACAUUUCUGUAGAAAACCCAACGAUAAAGCCUUGCGUUCCUAUAUUUUUUUGGGGUCUUGCGCUGUUGGCAGUAGGUGCACCCAAUUCAGCUUUUCUAAUAUUGAGGAAUAUUUCACUUUCAGUUUUCAUAGGAGUAACAACAUGAAUUUGUACAUGAGGCGUGCGACUUGUUUCGCCAUCAGCUUUAAGACGGUGUCCCUUUUCGGCCAGUGUCAGCGGAGGAAAGGGAGAGCUGAGGGACGUUGAGAGGCGGGCCCUCAGUCUGCUCCUCUCUCCCGCCGCUGAGACUGACCAUCAGAUGCAGGCCCGAUUAGCCCAGUAAAAUAAAAAGCUAAAUAUUUAAAUGUAUGCUCACUCAGCUGUGCCUCACAAGUAAUACGACAACUGAUAAAUAGCCUACCUCCAUUUUUUUAAAUAUAUGAUGUUUAAAAAAUGGUCCGAACAACAAUGCAUUGGCAGGGAAAUUCAAGCAAAGCCACUAUGUGGUGAAAGUGUAUUGGGCCUAUAUCUUACUGCACAAACCUCAUUGCUACAGUACUGCAUAGGCUUACAUUUUAUAAAGUAAUGUAAAAAAUAUAUAUAUAAUAGCGGUAGACCUUGCAUUUUGACUCAGAAAGUGAUCUUGACUCAAAAAUGGUUGAUGACCACUGCCCUAUUAUGUUUCUUCUGGUUCAUUAUUGUUAUUAUUACACCAGUUCUUCUUGCGAGGAAAAUUAACAUGCAAAUUCCUGUGAGAUGGUAAGUCAGAGGAGGGUGCAACUUGACAUGAUAGUAAAGGCCCUUAGUCCACACCCUUUCAUGCAAUGCCGUGCCAAUUGGCCACAAGGUGGUGCUCCAACAGGCGAUUUAAAUUGCAAACUUUGAAGGGUCACGCCCCUCACCCCCUAUGACCUAGAGUCCUGAAAAAGUCAGUGUGUAGGUCCCUCUUCUCACAAGGAACACAUUUUCCUCAUGGACCCAUAAGGUCCGCCAUGAUGAAUUUUCCGCCAUUUAGAAUUUUGUGAAAAUCAUUUAAAACGUUACUCCUCUGUCCAUAAAUGCUACAUACCAAAUUUGGUACCGUCCGGUCCAUCAUUAGAAAUGGUCCAAAAUACACUAUAUAUACAAAAGUAUGUGGAUACCCCUUCAAAUUAGUGGAUUCAGCUAUUUCAGCCACACCCGUUGCUGACAGGUGUAUAAAAUCAAGCAAACAGCCAUGCAAUCUUCAUAGACAAACAAGUGGAAACGUCUAGUAGCAACAACGGCUCAGCUGCGAAGUGGUAGGCCACACAAGCUCACAGAAUGGGACCGUCUUUCCUCGGUUGUAGCACUCACUACCGAGUUCCAAACUGCCUCUUGAAGCAACAUCAGCACAAUAACUGUUCAUCGAGAGCUUCAUGAAAUGGGUUGCCAUGGCUGAGCAGCCGCACACAAGCCUGAGAUCACCAUGCACAAUGCCACGCGUCGGCUGGAGUGGUGUAAAGCUCGCCGCCAUUGGACUCUGGAGUAGUGGAAACGCGUUCUCUGGAGUGAUGAAUCACGCUUCACCAUCUGGCAGUCCGACGGAUGAAUCAGGGUUUGGUGUAUGCCAGGAGAACACUACCUGCCCCAAUGCAUAGUGCCAACUGUAAAGUUUGGUGGAGGAGGAAUAAUGGUGUGGGGCUGUUUUUCAUGGUUCGGGCUAGGCCCCUUAGUUCCAGUGAAGGGAAAUCUUAACGCUACAGCAUACAAUGACAUUCUAGUCAUUGUACUUCCAUCUUUGCGGCAACAGUUUGAGAAAGGCCCUUUCCUGUUUCAGCAUGACAAUGCCCCCGUGCACAAAGCGAGGUCCAUAUAGAAAUGGUUGAGAUCGGUGUGGAAGAACUUGACUGGCCUGCAACUCUAUCAAACACCUUUGGGAUGAAUUGGAACGCUGACUGCGAGCCAGGCCUAAUCGCCCAACAUCAGUGCCCGACCUCACUAAUGCUCAUGGCUGAAUGGAAGCAAGUCCCCACAGCAAUGUUCCAACAUCUAGUGGAAAGCCUUCCCAGAAGAGUGGAGGCUGUUAUAGCAGCAAAGGGGGGACCAACUCCAUAUUAAUGCCCAUGAUUUUGGAAUGAGAUGUUCGACGAGCAGGCGUCCACAUACUUAUGGUCAUGUAGUGUACAUCAAAAGCACAUUGCACAAUCUAUUGGCAAGCGUGGUAAGGAAUACAGAAGUAGCUCAGACUAGGGCAGUGUGCACAAUUUGUCCUGAUGGUGGCACAGUGGGCCCACAUCUUGAACCCUGGCAUUGCUGCUUGCAGCUUUAAUAAUAAUAAUAAUAAUUAUUAUUAUUAUUAUUAUUAUUAUUGUUCCUCUUCUUCCGUAAGGCAAAAUUAAAAUAUACAUUCUCGUGAGAUGGUGAGGCCCAGGAGGGUGCAACCUUGGAUGUUGGUACAGGGCCUUGGGCCACACCUUCGCACGUAAUGCCAUGCCAAUUGUCCACAUGGUGCUGCUAUAACAAUCGAUUUAACGUGCACAUUUUGCGAGGUCACGCCCCUCACCCUGUGUGAGCUAGAGUCCUAAAAAUUGUUACAUAGGUCCCUCUCUUCACAAGGAACAAAUGUGCCUCAAGAACUCAUAAAGUCAGGCAUUAUGGAUUUUCCGGUAUUUAGAAUUUUGUGAAAAACACUCAAAACGCUGAUCCUCUUGCACCGAAUGACCGAUCUGCACAAAAGUUGAUGAAUGGCAUCUAUGGACCAAUGUCUCCCAACGCAAAAUUUUCUAGGCUAGUAUGUCAAACACCAUUAACCAAUGAACUUGGGUGGGGUCUGGCAAAUUUGGUGCCAAUUUGGUGCUCCUGGAGAAAAAUACGUUUAAAGGAGUUAACAUCAUUACAAAUGGUCUAAAAUACAUCAAAGGCAGAUUGCACGAUCUGUUUGAUUAUGAGUUCUGAUAUUUGUCAAGUGUGGUAAGGAGUACAGAAUUAGCUAAUCCUAGGGCGAUGUGUCCAAUUUGUCCUGAUGGGGGCACAGUGGGCCCACAGCUUGAACCGAGGCAUUGCUGCUUGCCUCUUUAAUUUAUAUAAUAUUUGUAACACUGUCCUCCCCUCCAGAAGUGGGUUCUUCUCUGUUGCACCACCCCUCCCCGGAACUGUCCCGUCUCAUUUUGGCCCACGGAUCCCUCAGUAAGGGCGAGAGGAACUUCCAGUGGCCUGUCCUGGCCUUUGUCAUCCAGCACCACGACCUGGAGGGUUUGGAGGUGGCCAUGAAGCACGCCCUGCGCAAGUCCGCCUGCAGGGUCUUCGCCAUGGAGGUAACGUCCGUCAAAGAGAUACUCGUACACAUGACAGUGGACAUUUUAGCAUUUCCCAUCAGAAAAUGUGUCAAGCUGCCUGGGAAUGCUAACUCUAGCUGGCCACGGAGAUACGUCAAAGAUACUCAUACACAAGACCGUGGACAGUUAUCAUUUUCAUAGGAAAAUGUGUCACGCUGCCCGAAGUGCCAAGUUCAUGCUUACACUAGCUGGGCAUUUGUAGUUGUAUACCACAAAUCAACAGUUAGCAGCGUUACCUCAAAUGCUAACGUGAUUAGCCUAUUGGGUAAUCCUCUUUGAGGUACCUCAGUAGUCGCUAGACGGCACUGUUAGAAAGGACAAAAGUGUAGGCAAUAUCUGAGAUGAGAAACUGAUCAGAAAAUGUAUUGUUAAGGUUAAGUUAAGGUUAGGUUAGGGGUUUAGAAAGCACUGUACUUUUUUUAUUUAAUAGGAUCGUCCCUCCCCUCUCUGGCCUAAUGUGAUCUAAUGUGAACUGAUUACCUUCAAACUCUGAAAAAAUCUCACAGAUAACGUUGGUCAACGUUGUACAUUGUUGGUUUUUGGUACUUUUAUAUAAAAGUAAAUUAAUACAUUGCUUCAGGUCUUUGCUGUGAAAUUUAAAGGACUGUUUUCUGAAGUGAGUCUGAAAGCCACCAUCUUACCUCUCUCCCCUUCCUCAGUCAUUCAACUGGCUGCUGUGUAACGUGAUCCAGACCACCUCGCUGCACGACAUCCUGUGGCACUUUGUCGCCUCCCUCACCCCAUCACCCUUUGAAACUGAGGAUGAGGAGGAGCAAGAAAACAAAGCCCCCGGGAACAAGGAAAUCGUGAUGGAGCAGGUGAUGUUUGAUUAAGAAAAAUGGACCGGGGUGGUGGGGGGGUCAUUUUAUUGCUGCUAUCUUCAACAGGUCUCUUGCUAAAUACAUCAUCUCAAUGAGACAAACCUGGAUAAAUAAAGGUUUUUAUUUGAGGUACCGGUACAAUAUAUUCAGAUGGUUUAUUUUUCAAUGUAUACUGAACAAAAAUAUAAACGCAACAUGUAAAGUGUUGGUCCCGUGUUUCAUUAGCUGGAAUAAAAUAUUACAUUUAAUUAUCUUUAAGGAAUACCUGGAAUAGUAUAAAGUAAUCCUUCUACCCCCCACCCCCCCCCCCCCAUAAAAAAAAGAAGAAAAAAAGUGGUUGUCCCACUUGCUAUCAUAAGUUGAAUGCACCAAUUUGUAAGUCACUCUGGAUAAGAGCGUCUGCUAAAUGAUGUAAAUGUAAAUGUACAUUUGUUUACAUCCCUGUUAGUGAGCAUUUCACCUUCGCCAAGAUAAUCCAUCCACUUGACAGGUGUGGCAUAUCAAGAAGCUGAUUAAACACCAUGAUCAUUACAAAGGUGCACCUUGUGCUGGGGACAAUAAAAGGCCACUCUAAAAUGUGCAGUUUUGUCACACAACAAAAUACCACAGAUGUCUCAAGUUUUGAGGGAGUGUGCAAUUGGCAGGCUGACUGAAGGAAUGUCCACCAGAGCUGUUGCCAGAGAAUUUACUGUUAAUUUCUCUACCAUAAGCCACUUCCAACAUCGUUAAAUAGAAUUUGGCAGUACGUCCAACCGGCCUCACAACCGCAGACCAUGUGUAUGGCGUCGUGUGGGCGAGUGGUUUGCUGAUGUCAACGUUGUGAACAGAGUGCCCCAUGGUGGCGGUGGGGUUAAUGUAUGGACAGGCAUUAGCUACCGACAACGGCAAUUGCAUUUUAUCGAUGGCAAUUUGAAUGCACAGAGAUACCGUGAUGAGAUCCUGAGGUCCAUUGUCGUGCCAUUCAUCACCUCAUGUUUCAGCAUGAUAAUCCACGGCCCCAUGUCGCAAGGAUCUGUACACAAUUCCUGGAAGCUGAAAAUGUCCAUGUUCCUCCAUGGCCUGCAUAGACAUGUCACCCAUUGAGCAUGUUUGGGAUGCUCUGGAUCGACGUGUACGACAGUGCGUUCCAAUUCCCGCCAUAUCCAGCAAAUUCACACAGCUAUUGAAGAGGAGUGGGGCAACAUUCCACAGGUCACAAUCAACAGCCUGAUCAACUAACUCUAUGCAAAGGAUAUGUGUCGCACUGCAUGAGGCAAAAGGUGGUCACACUAGAUACUGACCGGUUUUCUGAUCCAUGCCCCUACCAUUUUUUUAAGGUACAGUGGGGGAAAAAAGUAUUUAGUCAGCCACCAAUUGUGCAAGUUCUCCCACUUAAAAAGAUGAGAGAGGCCUGUAAUUUUCAUCAUAGGUACACGUCAACUAUGACAGACAAAAUGAGGGAAAAAAAUCCAGAAAAUCACAUUGUAGGAUUUUUUAUGAAUUUAUUUGCAAAUUAUGGUGGAAAAUAAGUAUUUGGUCAAUAACAAAAGUUUCUCAAUACUUUGUUAUAUACCCUUUGUUGGCAAUGACACAGGUCAAACGUUUUCUGUAAGUCUUCACAAGGUUUUCACACACUGUUGCUGGUAUUUUGGCCCAUUCCUCCAUGCAGAUCUCCUCUAGAGCAGUGAUGUUUUGGGGCUGUAGCUGGGCAACACGGACUUUCAACUCCCUCCAAAGAUUUUCUAUGGGGUUGAGAUCUGGAGACUGGAUAGGCCACUCCAGGACCUUGAAAUGCUUCUUACGAAGCCACUCCUUCGUUGCCUGGGCGGUGUGUUUGGGAUCAUUGUCAUGCUGAAAGACCCAGCCACUUUUAAUCUUCAAUGCCCUUGCUGAUGGAAGGAGGUUUUCACUCAAAAUCUCACGAUACAUGGCCCCAUUCAUUCUUUCCUUUACACGGAUCAGUUGUCCUGGUCCUUUUGCAGAAAAACAGCCCCAAAGCAUGAUGUUUCCACCCCCAUGCUUCACAGUAGGUAUGGUGUUCUUUGGAUGCAACUCAUCAUUCUUUGUCCUCCAAACACGACGAGUUGAGUUUUUACCAAAAAGUUCUAUUUUGGUUUCAUCUGACCAUAUGACAUUCUCCCAAUCCUCUUCUGGAUCAUCCAAAUGCACUCUAGCAAACUUCAGACGGGCCUGGACAUAUACUGGCUUAAGCAGGGGGACACGUCUGGCACUGCAGGAUUUGGGUCCCUGGCGGCGUAGUGUGUUACUGAUGGUAGGCUUUGUUACUUUGGUCCCAGCUCUCUGCAGGUCAUUCACUAGGUCCCCCCGUGUGGUUCUGGGAUUUUUGCUCACCUUUUUUUUUUUUUUUUUUUUUUUUUUUUUUUCACCUUUAUUUAACCAGGUAAGCCAGUUGAGAACAGGUUCUCAUUUACAACUGCGACCUGGCCAAGAUAAAGCAAAGUAGUGCAAUAAAAACAACAGAGUUACAUAUGGGGUAAAAAAAAACAUAAAGUCAGAAAUACAACAGAAAAUAUAUAUACAGUGUGUGCAAAUGUAGCAAGUUAUGGAGGUAAGGCAAUAAAUAGGCUAUAGUGCAGAAUAAUUACAAUAGUAUUAACACUGGAAUGCUAGAUGUGCAAGAGAUUAUGUGCAAAUAGAGAUACUGGGGUGCAAAAGAGCAAAAUAAAUAACAAUAUAGGGAUGAGGUAGUUGGGUGGGCUAAUUUCGGAUGGGCUGUAUACAGGUGCAGUGAUCGGUAAGGUGCUCUGACAACUGAUGCUUAAAGUUAUUGAGGGAGAUAAGAGUCUCCAGCUUCAGAGAUUUUUGCAAUUCGUUCCAGUCAUUGGCAGCAGAGAACUGGAAGGAAUGGCGGCCAAAGGAGGUGUUGGCUUUGGGAAUGACCAGUGAGAUAUACCUGCUGGAGCGCAGACUACGGGUGGGUGCUGCUAUGGUGACCAAUGAGCUAAGAUAAGGCGGGGAUUUACCUAGCAGUGAUUUAUAGAUGGCCUGGAGCCAGUGGGUUUGACGACGAACAUGUAGUGAGGACCAGCCAACAAGAGCGUACAGGUCACAGUGGUGGGUAGUGUAUGGGGCUUUGGAGACAAAACGGAUGGCACUGUGAUAGACUACAUCCAAUUUGCUGAGUAGAGUGUUGGAGGCUAUUUUGUAAAUUACAUCGCCGAAGUCAAGGAUCGGUAGGAUAGUCAGUUUUACGAGGGCAUGUUUGGCAGCAUGAGUGAAGGAGGCUUUAUUGCGAAAUAGGAAGCCGAUUCUAGAUUUAACUUUGGAUUGGAGAUUCUUUAUGUGAGUCUGGAAGUUGAGUUUACAGUCUAACCAGACACCUAGGUAUUUGUAGUUGUCCACAUACUCUAGGUCAGACCCGUCGAGAGUGGUGAUUCUAGUCGGGUGGGCGGGUGCCAGCAGCGUUCGAUUGAAAAGCAUGCAUUUAGUUUUACUAGUGUUUAAGAGCAGUUGGAGGCUACUGAAGGAUUGUUGUAUGGCAUUGAAGCUCGUUUGGAGGUUUGUUAACACAGUGUCCAAUGAAGGGCCAGAUGUAUACAAAAUGGUGUCGUCUGCGUAGAGGUGGAUCUGAGAGUCACCAGCAGCAAGAGCGACAUCAUUGAUAUACACGGAGAAAAGUGUCGGCCCAAGAAUUGAACCCUGUGGCACCCCCAUAGAGACUGCCAUAGGUCCAGACAACAGGCCCUCCGAUUUGACACACUGAACUCUAUCUGAGAAGUAGUUGGUGAACCAGGCGAGGCAGUCAUUUGAGAAACCAAGGCUAUUUAGUCUGCCAAUAAGAAUGCGGUGGUUGACAGAGUCGAAAGCCUUGGCCAGGUCGAUGAAGACGGCUGCACAGUACUGUCUAUUAUCAAUCGCGGUUAUAAUAUCGUUUAGGACCUUGAGCGUGGCUGAAGUGCACCCGUGACCAGCUCGGAAACCGGAUUGCAUAGCGGAGAAGGUACGGUGGUAUUCGAAAUGGUCGAUGAUCUGUUUGUUAACUUGGCUUUCGAAUACUUUCGAAAGGCAGGGCAGGAUGGAUAUAGGUCUGUAGCAGUUUGGAUCUAGAGUGUCACCCCCUUUGAAGAGGGGGAUGACCGCGGCAGCUUUCCAAUCUCUGGGGAUCUCAGACGUUAUGAAAGAGAGGUUAAACAGACUAGUAAUAGGGGUAGCGACAAUUUCAGCGGCUAGUUUUAGAAAGAAAGGGUCCAGAUUGUCUAGCCCAGCUGAUUUGUAGGGGUCCAGAUUUUGCAGCGCUUUCAAAACAUCAGCUGUCUGAAUUUGUGUGAAGGAGAAGCGGGGGGGGCAUGGGCAAGUUGCAGCAGAGGGUGCAGAGUUGGUGGCCGGGUUAGUGGUAGCCAGAUGGAAAGCAUGGCCAGCUGUAGCAAAAUGCUUGUUGAAAUUCUCGAUUAUUGUAGAUUUAUCGGUGGUGAUAGUGUUUCCUAGCCUCAGUGCAGUGGGCAGCUGGGAGGAAGUGCUCUUAUUCUCCAUGGACUUUACAGUGUCCCAAAACUUUUUGGAGUUAGUGCUACAGGAUGCAAAUUUCUGUUUGAAAAAGUUAGCCUUUGCUUUCCUGACUGCUUGUGUAUAUUGGUUCCUAACUUCCCUGAAAAGUUGCAUAUCGCGGGGGCUAUUUGAUGCUAAUGCUGUACGCCACAGGAUGUUUUUGUGCUGGUCAAGGGCAGUCAAGUCUGAGGAGAACCAGGGGCUAUAUCGGUUCUUAGUUCUGUAUUUUUUGAAUGGGGCAUGUUUAUUUAAGAUUGAGAGGAAAUUACUUUUAAGGAACAACCAGGCAUCCUCUACUGACGGAAUGAGAUCUAUAUCCAUCCAGUAUACCUGGGCCAGGUCAAUUAGGAAGGCCUCCUCGCUAAAGUGUUUUAGGGAGCGUUUGACAGUGAUGAGGGGUGGUCGUUUGACCGCGGACCCGUUACGGACGCAGGCAAUAAGGCAGUGAUCGCUGAGAUCCUGGUUGAAGACAGCUGAGGUGUAUUUAGAGGGUAUGUUAGUCAGGAUGAUAUCUAUGAGGGUACCCAUGUUUACGGAUUUAGGGUUGUACCUGGUAGGUUCGUUGAUAAUUUGCGUGAGGUUGAGGGCAUCUAGCUUGGAUUGUAGGAUGGCUGGGGUAUUAAGCAUAUCCCAAUUUAGGUCACCAAGCAGUACAAACUCUGAGGAUAAAUGGGGGGCAAUCAAUUCACAUAUGGUGUCCAGGGCACAGCUGGGGGCUGAGGGGGGUCUGUAGCAAGCGGCAACAGUGAGAGACUUAUUUCUGGAAAGGUGGAUUUUUAGAAGUAGAAGCUCAAACUGUUUGGGCACAGACCUGGAUAGUAUGAUAGAGCUCUGCAGGCUAUCUCUACAGUAGAUUGCAACUCCACCCCCUUUGGCAGUUCUAUCUAGACGGAAAAUGUUAUAGUUGGGGAUGGAAAUUUCAGAAUUUUUGGUGGCCUUCCUGAGCCAGGAUUCAGACACUGCUAGAACAUCAGGGUUGGCAGAGUGUGCUAACGCAGUGAAUAACUCAAACUUAGGAAGUAGACUUCUGAUAUUUAUGUGCAAGAAACCAAGACUUUUGCGAUUACAGAAGUCAUCAAAUGAUAGCGCCUGGGGAGUAGGAGUGAUACUGAGGGCUGCAGGGCCUGGGUUAGCCUCUACAUCACCAGAGGAACAGAGGAGGACUAGAAUAAGGAUACGGCUAAAGGCUUUAAGAACUGGUCUUCUAGUGCGUUGGGUACAUAGAAUAAAGGGGGCAGAUUUCCGGGUGUUAUAGAAAAGAUUCAGGGCAUUAUGUACAGACAAGGAUAUGGAAGGAUAUGAGUAAAGUGGAGGUAAACCUAAGCGUUGGGUAACGAUGAAAGAGAUAGCAUCGCUGGAGGCAUCAAUUGAGUCGGUCUCCGCGUGUAUUGGGGGAGGUGCAAAGGAGCUAUCUAAGGCAGGUUUAGCUAGGCUGGGGGGUCUACAGUGAUAUAGUACAAUUAGAAAUAACCGAAACAACAAUAAACUAACCAUGUUUGGGCUGAGGCUAAACAUAAACAGGAUGUAGUACCGUAAAAAGGAACAGUCCAGCAGAUAUCAGCUGUAUAGCUGAGUUAUCAUAAGGUCCGGUGGUGAAGUACUAGUGAGUAAGAGGCUACAGCUAGCGGGCCAGGGCUAGCAGAUGGAUGGAAUCUUCGUGGUUAACGUCGUAACCACAUCAGACGAUUUCGUCGGCAGACCAGUCGUGUAGGAUCGGCGGGGCUCCGUGUCAAUACUAGGUGGUCCCGUCCGGUUGACAGAGAGGUAGAUAGCCGGGAGAUGGGCCUAGCUCAGGAUAAUUAGCCAGACCACAGCGUCCGUUUUGUUGUAGCUAGCUGGUAGCGACGAAUCCGGAGUUAAAGGUCCAGUGAUUCCAGCGGAAAAACUGAUAUGUUCUGGGUCGAUAACGCGCUGUGCAGACUGGCCGAAUAUCCGGUGAUCAAUGUCCAGUGAUUAAAAUUAAUCCCGCAGAAAAAAAUCCAAUGUUCUGGGUGAAACACCGCUAGCUAAGGCUAAUAGCAAGUAGCUAGUUAGCUGGCUAGCUGGCUAGCUAGUUUCACUGGAGAUUCUAGAUAAAAGGUAAGUCAAUAAUAGAAUCCGUUCCACAUUGAGUGAGGCGGGUUGCAGGAAAGUAUAUUUUGUAGAAGGAUGAAAAGUCUGAUAGGGAAAUAGGUACGAAAAAUACAAAAAAACAAGUUAUUUACAGGCUAUUUACAGGCACACGACAGAAACAGGACUGCACUACUUCGCCAUCACGGGGUGAGAUCUUGCGUGGAGCCCCAGAUCGAGGGAGAUUAUCAGUGGUCUUGUAUGUCUUCCAUUUCCUAAUAAUUGCUCCCACAGUUGAUUUCUUCAAACCAAGCUGCUUACCUAUUGCAGAUUCAGUCUUCCCAGCCUGGUGCAGGUCUACAAUUUUGUUUCUGGUGUCCUUUGACAGCUCUUUGGUCUUGGCCAUAGUGGAGUUUGGAGUGUGACUGUUUGAGGUUGUGGACAGGUGUCUUUUAUACUAAUAACAAGUUCAAACAGGUGCCAUUAAUACAGGUAACGAGUGGAGGACAGAGGAGCCUCUUAAAGAAGAAGUUACAGGGCUGUGAGAGCCAGAAAUCUUGCUUGUUUGUAGGUGACCAAAUACUUAUUUUCCACCAUAAUUUGCAAAUAAAUUCAUUACAAAUCCUACAAUGUGAUUUUCUGGAAUUUUUUUCUCUCAAUUUGUCUGUCAUAGUUGACGUGUACCUAUGAUGAAAAUUACAGGCCUCUCUCAUCUUUUUAAGUGGGAGAACUUGCACAAUUGGUGGCUGACUAAAUACUUUUUUUCCCCACUAUCUGUGACCAACAGAUGCAUACCGUAUCUAUAUUCCCAGUCAUUUGAAACCCAUAGAUUACGGCCUAAUGAAUUUAUUUCAAUUGACUUAUUUCCUUAUAUGAACUGUAACUCAGUAAAAUCUUUGAAAUUGUUUCAUAUUGCGUUUAUGCUUUUGUUCAGUAUACAUGUAUGUCUGUAGUCAUUGUGUCCCUGAUAUGUGUGUUUUUAUCUACUUUUCCAUUAUGUUUUCUUCAUACACACAGGAGAGGGACCUGGGUGUGUGUGAGCACCCGCUGUCUGACAUUGUGAUCGCCGGGGAGGCCGCCCACCCCCUCCCCCACACCUUCCACCACCUCCUCCAGACCAUCUCCGACCUAAUGAUGUCACUUCCUAGUGGCAGCUCCCUGCAACAGAUGGCCCUCAGGUACAGUGGCCCUGUUGCUCAAAGUUCACCUCCACUUUCAACUCAAGCCUGCCCUCAAAUCAAUUAUUUAACCCUAUUAUCCACCAUACACUUGGAACAGAGCAUAUUAUUACAUUUUACAUUUUACAUUUUAGUCAUUUAGCAGACGCUCUUAUCCAGAGCGACUUACAGUUAGCGCAUACAUUAUUUUAUCGAACCCACAACCCUGGCGUUGCAAACGCCAUGCUCCACCAACUGAGCUACAUCCCCUGCCGGCCAUUCCCUCCCCUACCCUGGCAACGCUGGGCCAAUUGUGCGCCGCCCCAUGGGUCUCCCGGUCGCGGCCGGCUACGACAGAGCCUGGAUAAGACUAAAACUAAGGGGAAAAUAUCUCUUCUAAAGGAUCAAAUACUUUUAUAUAUAUAUGAAUAGGCCCUAUAAUGUUCACCACAGCUUUUUUUACAUUACUUUUUAACACUAGAACCGCUGGGCUUUUCAGCAUACAAGUACCCGCUACACUAAAGAAUGCUGUCCGGCAUCACCUUUAGCCUACUCAUCAGAUUAAUCUACAGUGUUGUUAUCAACCUAAAUAAAUACCAACGUAAAUACCAUCGUUCACGGUCCUGUUUCAGGACCGUGAACGAAAGUGAUCUCUAGUGUUCCGCAACAAAACCAUUAUUUUAAAAGCAUGGGAACCAGUUAAUAACGUCCUUUCACAUUCCAAGCAAUUUUUCAGUCCCACAAAAAACGCCAACCAAACACCUGUGCAAAAGCACUCAGAAACAUCUCCUUCCAGGGUCUGAUUUAAUAGUUUUGGUAUAUGAUCGUUUAGCAGACACUCUUUUAUUCAUAGCGACUUGCUACCAACAUGUGACACAGAUAUUCAGGAUACAUGGCCCAUGUAGAAAUUGAACCAACAACCCUGGUGUUGCUAGCACCAUCCUCCAAACAAUUUAGCUACCACUGUACUGAUCAAUGUGAGCGCGUGAUCUCACCCUUGACCCGGAGUGUUUCCCCAUCUGUCUAUCAGGUGUUGGAGUUUGAAGUUCAAGCAGUCUGACCACCAGUUCCUGCACCAGAGCAACGUGUUCCACCACAUCAACAACAUAUUGUCCAAGUCGGAUGACGGCGACAGCGAGGAGAGCUUCAACAUCAGUGUGCAGUCUGGCUACGAGGCCAUGAGCCAAGUGAGACAGAAUCCCAUAAGAGAGCCAUAAUCAUAGGGAUGUUUCACGGGACCCAUAUUAUAUUAAGCCUAGUACUAGACUAAGAAGGUUUAUUUAAAUGGAGAAUCUCCAAGGAGAAUGAUUUUUAAACCAGGACUAGGUUCAAACUAGAUCUGGCUCAUUAAGUUUUGCGGUAGCUAGCUCGACCUUAUGAAAGUUGGUAGAGAAUAGACUAGGUGAUACAUAUACCACAGAUGCUGUCUGAGACCCAAGUGCAGACCAACAGAACAGUCCAACAAAUACCUAAGUCGUGUUCAUUAGGGGAUGCAACGGAAAGCAGUUAAACCUUUUCUGUUAUCCUUGAUGAUUUUAAAUGAAUUGUAUCCACUGAAAUUAGAGGGCUGCAUUCCUGCUGUGUGGUCUGCAUUUUUCAUAUGGAGGGCUGUCAGACAGAGGACUUUGGGAUGAAAAUAUGUUUGUUGUCCAUCAGAUUAUUUGGAAAUGUUUGUCUUUCUGCUUUGUAUGCAUUAGCCUACCUAUUGUAUUAAAAGCACAUAUGUUUCGCUGCUUUAACAGUAGCCUAGUUGGGCGUGAGUUCAAGUGCAGCUAGUAUAUGUGAUGUCAUUGAAAUAGAGUAGGCUGCCUACAUCCGCAGAGAAUCACGUGGCAAUUAACUCAAAUAUGAAAUGUACUUAAAUAUGAUUAGACCGUAGUUUACUACAGUGUCUGUAAAUAAAUAUUGAUAAUGGAAAGAAGUGGAGGGCGCUCAAUCAACGUGAGUCGAGGUGCAAUCAAAAAAAAGUAAUCAUCAUUGAAAAGGAAAAGGCAUAACACGCACAUACUGUAGGUUAGGCUACUAAGGUGAGCGAGCGUUGCGGUAUUGAUUACCCAUUUAUUUGUCUGCCUGCAAAUCGUCCUCCUAAAAAGUAGGCUAUAUUCUAUAUGCAAAACGUAGCAAGUGUCGCUGUCAUCAUUCUUGCUGCUUCAAGUUCAGUAGCCAUAUGUGCGAGAUCAGGUGUGGUCUCAAUUAAAUAGAGUAGGCUAUAGCCUAUGCAUGCGCGGAGAAGCGCGGGGCAGUUAUCAUUCCAAGGAAAUGUACUUCCUAAAUAUGUUUAGGCUAUAGUUUACUACAUUGCUUGUAAAUAAAUAUUGAUCACACAUAUUUAUCCAUUUGAAAAUCUUCCCACUCCUAAAAAGUAGGCAAUAAAAAUAGCUCAAGAGAAAGUGCAAGUCUCGCGAACUAUGCUCUCUUCAAACUACAUCUAGCAUAUUCACUGAUAUAGCCCAGUAAUACAAAUAGCCUAAUAUAAUGGGCCACAUGAGAAUCUUUGGUAAUAUAACCUAUUAUUUUUGCGCAUUUUAUAUUGCAUAUAGGGCGUAAAAUUGCUAGGACCAUGGCUGGCAAGUGAGCUGCGUCACAUACGCCUAAAAUAAAUCAUUGCGGGACUGCGGUUGGGUUUGGGACCAGUUAUUUCAGUAGUGGGUGGGAGUCGGACAGAAACCCAGCUGGGUGCGGUAUGAAAAGCUGCGGGAGCGGGAUGAAGAAAUCAGUACCACGCAGACCUCUAGCUGAAAUUAAAUGUUUAAGAUAGCUAGCAAAAUUGUAAAACCUUGUCUGUUAUCCGCUAUGAUUUUAAAUGAAUUGUAUCCACUUGUGUGGCUGAAAUGGAUAGUUCAAUAUUGUCCAAUCAAAUCGUAUCUAUCUAUAUAGCUGGGAGGUGUUGAACAUCAUUUGACCUUCCAGGAGCUGUGCCUAGUGUCCUGUCUGAAGGACCUGACCAGCGUGGUGGACAUAAAGACGUCCAGCCGUCCGGCCAUGAUCGGCAGCCUGACGGAUGGCUCCACCGAGACCUUUUGGGAGUCGGGCGAUGAGGACAAGAACAAGACCAAGUGCAUCACCAUCAGCUGCGUCAAAGGCAUCAACGCCUCCUACAUCACUGUGCACGUGGACAACUCCCGCGACAUUGGGGUGAGUAGGGAAGGAUUAAAGGGACAUUUAUAUGUUUUAUGGAUCCCCAUUCCUGGGGUCCAGCUAAAUUAAGGCAGUUAUGCAAUUUUAAAAACAUGACAAUACAUUCACAACAUAUUUCACAACACCUUAAGUGUGUGCCCUCAGGCCCUUACUCUGCUACCACACAUCUACAACACAAAAUCCAUGUGUACAUGUGUGUAUAGUGCUUAUGUUAUUGUGCGGCAGGUAGCUUAGUGGUUAAGAGCGUAGUGCCAGUAACGGAAAGGGCGCUGGUUCUAAUCCAGGAGCCGACUAGGUGAAAAAUCUUUCGAUGUGCCCUUGAGCAAGGCACUUAACCCUAAUUGCUCCUGUAAGUCGCUCUGGAUAAGAGCGUCUGUUAAAUUACUAAAAUGUAAAAUGUGUGUGUGUGUGUCUGUGCCUAUGUUUGUUGCUUUACAGUCCCCGCUGUUCCAUAAGGUGUAUUUUUAUCUGUUUUUUAAAUCAAAUUUUACUGCUUGCAUGAGUUACUUGAUGUGGAAUAGAGUUCCAUGUAGUCAUGGCUCUAUGUAGUACUGUGCACCUCCCAUAGUCUGUUCUGGAUUUAGGGAAGUGCACUCCAAAAUCAAAUUUGUCAGAUGCCACAAUCUAAAAUGUAUUGAAAAACGGUCUGUUUUCAUUGAUUUUAAAGCCGCUCUUCUCUAACUCCACAGAACAAAGUCACCUCCAUGACGUUCCUGUGUGGCAAAGCCGGGGAGGACCUCUGCAGGACCAAACAGGUUUGGCCUCUUAUUUGAAUAGACCAGCUCCAGGCAUCUGUAUAGUGCAUUACAAGCCAUGCCUCUGGUUAAAAGUAGAUUACUACAUGUUGUUGUACACUACUAUUUGGGAAAGGUAGUGAGAUACAGCCUGAUAUAGCUAACCACUAUUAGUACAGAAUAUGGCAAACUUACAGCAAUUGAAGCCCUUCUAUACAAUGUGUAUUGUAAUUUACUGUAUGUACAUACAAGCUGUUUUCAAAAGAAAGAACAAAGGAAAAUCUGUACUGAACAUUUUGAUUCACCUCGGCAUCAACACAACCUUCACUAACCAAUCCCUUCCAUCUCCCCACCUCUCUCAAGAUCGACCUCGACUCGCGUCACAUGGGCUGGGUGACCAGUGAGCUUCCUGGCGGGGACCACCAUGUGAUCAAGGUGGAGCUGAAGGGGCCCGAGAACACGCUGCGGGUGCGCCAGGUCAAGGUGCUGGGCUGGAAGGCUGGCGAGAGCAUCAAGAUCGCGGGGCAGAUCUCGGCCAGCGUGACCCAGCAGAAGAACUGCGAGGCCGAGACACUCCGCGUUUUCCGCCUCAUCACCUCACAGGUCGGUUCACCUGUCAAUCAAUCGUACUAUGGGAUCAUAGGACCGGUCACCUGUCAAUCACUCAUAAUAUCAUCUUACUGGUCGGUUGGCCAGCCAGUCACUCAUACUAUGGGGCCAAAAUGUUCAUGUUUUCUUCCUCUACCACUUUAGAUCUAAUAGAAUUGGAUAGGUUCAAGCUUUACCCUUGGUGUGCAUGUGUUGUGUGUGUGUAGGUAUUUGGGAAGCUAAUCUGCGGAGAUGCUGAGCCCACCCCUGAACAGGAGGAGAAGAACCUGCUGUCAUCAUCAGAGGGAGAGGACAAGGUCAGGGGUCAUACUGUAUACCAGUGUUUCCCUGUAUGCCAGUGUUUCACACCUGAAUCUUUUUGCAAAUAAUGACCAGAAAACAAACAGGAUAUUAUAAAAUAUUUUUGUUUACCUGUUAUUGUUUACAUGUCAUCAGGCUCCGUCAGACGCAGACCUGAAGGAACACAUGGUGGGCAUCAUUUUCAGCCGGAGCAAGCUGACCAACCUGCAAAAACAGGUCAGUAGUCUAUGGAAUACCUGGCCAAUAAAGUACAAUUAACUAAAAUAGUACAAUACAACUACAACAACACAAAAUGUGAUCUCUGUCUACAGUAAUCCUCUAUAGAAGGCUUUGAGGGUUCAAGCCCCUGACUCUGCUUCCCCUGUCAAUGUUAUCUUCACACUUGAAAUUGACUUCAUAUAGCUUUAUCACUCUCCCCUCCCCCCUCCAGGUGUGCGCCCACAUCGUCCAGGCCAUCCGCAUGGAGGCGACCCGGGUGCGCGAGGAGUGGGAGCAUGCCAUCUCCAGCAAGGAAAACGCCAACUCGCAGCCCAGCGACGACGACGCCUCCUCGGACGCCUACUGCUUUGAGCUGCUGUCCAUGGUGCUGGCUCUGAGCGGCUCCAAUGUAGGCCGCCAGUACCUGGCCCAGCAGCUGACGCUGAUGGAGGACCUGUUCUCGCUGCUGCACACGGCCUCGCCCCGUGUCCAGAGACAGGUGGGGUGUACCCACAUAAUACAGACUCAACACAUAAUGUAAUAACACAUAAUAGUUAUUUAUAUACUCGUCGCCAAACCCACUGGCUCCAGGUCAUCAAUAAAUCACUGCUAGGCAAAUCCCCGUCUUAUCUUAGCUCACUGGUCACCAUAGCAAAACCCACCCGUAGUCUGCGCUCCAGCAGGUAUAUCUCACUGGUCAUCCGCAAAGCCAACACCUCCUUUGGCUGCCAUUCCUUCCAGUUCUCUGCUGCCAAUGACUGGAAUGAACUGCAAAAAUCCUUGAAGGUGGAGACUCUUAUCUCCCUCAUUAACUUUAAGCGUCAGUUGUCAGAGCAGCUUACCGAUCACUGCACCUGUACACAGCCAUUCUGAAAUUAGCCCACCCAACUACCUCAUCCCCAUAUUGUUAUUUAUUUUGCUAAUUUUGCACCCCAGUAGCUCUAUUUGCACAUCAGCUUUUGCACAUCUAUCAUUCCAGUGUUAAUACUAAAUUGUAACUAUUUUGCACUAUGGCCUAUUUAUUGCCUUACCUCCAUAACUUACUACAUUCGCACAUACUGUAUAUAUAUUUUCUGUUGUAUUUUUGACUUUAUGUUUUGUUUACCCCAUAUGUAACCAUAUGUAACUCUGUGUUGUUUUUAUCGCACUGCUUUGCUUUAUCUUGGCCAGGUCGCAGUUGUAAAUGAGAACUUGUUCUCAACUGGCUUACCUGGUUAAAUAAAGGUUAAAUAAAAUAAAAAAUAAAUGUUAUAUUAUACAUACACAAUAUGCCCAUACACACACAUGGGCACACCUACUCAAUAAAGUAUCAUGGGGUGCUGGUCCAGUAUGAUUUCCUGCCUCAUGACAAUCUUAAAGAGGAGCUGAACUCUAAAACCAACUCAUUAUAAUUAUAAUAAUAAUAAUAAUAAUAUAUGCCAUUUAGUAGACACUUUUAUCAAAAGCGACUUACGGUAAUGCAUGCAUACAUUUUACGUAUUGGUGGUCCCGGGAAUGUGGCAUCAAUAGUAGUCUUAAACAAUUGUACUAUUUGCAAAAGUGGUAGAACUUUGGUCACAAAGUCAGAAUCUUCUAAAACAGAGAUUUGCGAGAUUUAAAGAAUCUAUGGCACGUAAACGUUUUUCUUGGGUUGGGUUUAGAUUUGAAUCCUGCCCACGGCUGUCAGCGCCCGAAUAACCAACCUACAGCCCACCCUUUUUCUUUAUAGACAGCAGAGCUAACCAAUUGAGGCAUUAGCACACAGCGUCUCAGGACAACUUUGAUGAGACUUGUUCAUUAUAAACAGCUUGGGUUUUUCCAACUCAAACAUCCUUACAUUUGUGAGCUAACUUUAGCGUCACAAACACAACUGUCAUAAAAGAUAGGGAAAUGCUCAGAGCUUGAUUCUUGACCAAUCACAUUCAUGUUGUCAUGCGGUUGCUAAGUCAUUUGUCAUGUGUACGGUGGCUGUUUGGAUAGUUAAAGUAAACUGGAACACACAUUUUACAGUUACAUUUUACUCAUUUAGCAGUUGCCCUUAUCCAAAGCGACUUACUGUAGUGAGUGCAUACAUUUUCAUACUUUUUUUCAUACUAAUCCCCCGUGGGAAUCGAAUCCACAACCUUGGCGUUGCAAGCUCCAUGCUCUACCAACUGAACUACACGGGACACACAACAGUAGGCUAUUAGAAAACAUGACACACACUUCAAACUGGCUAAAUCAGUGAAUUCAGCCCCACUUUAACAUCAGUAAAGCUAAAGAGAGUCUCUGCAUGAUGUAUAUCACUCCAGCCGUUUAAUAACAUUGACUACAUGGCUAUCCUUUCUCACCCUUCACCUGUCCCCUCUUUCCCAGGUGACCUCUCUCCUCCGUCGUGUCCUUCCUGAGGUGACACCCGUGCGCCUGGCCAGCAUCAUCGGCAUCAAGGCCCUGCCGCCUGCCGAUAUCAGUGACAUCAUCCACUCGACCGAGAAGGGUGACUGGAACAAGCUUGGCAUCCUGGACAUGUUCCUGGGCUGCAUCGCCAAGGCGCUCACCGUGCAGCUCAAGGCCAAGGGCACCACCAUUGCCGGCACGGCGGGCAUGGCGGCAGGCAAAGGCAUCACAACUGUCACACUGCCCAUGAUCUUCAACUCCAGGUGAGACAACAACUUUGAGAUUUACCUUCAUUAGGCACAAAAUCUAAGAAAAUUGUCCAAAAACGGAGUGAAGUAUGACUAUGUGGACUUGUCCAAUAAGAAAAGCUUGCUUUUGUUUUAUGUUGCAAGACGUUGUAAGAUGUGAGAUGACCCACCUGGAUGGGUCAUCUCACAAAAACGAUUAAUGACUUCGUCGCCAACAUUUUGAGAUAUUCUCAAACCAAUUGUUGUGUGUGGUUGUUUGUAUAUUGACUUUCAGAUGUGAUUUCUCCUGAUUGAACAGGAAUUCCGGAUUUUCAAUAUAAUCUCAUUCAAAUGUAUUUAUAAAACCCUUUAUACAUCAGUGGUUGUACAAAGCCUUUUGUACAUUUUACUGACAUUCUCUUGUAUUCAUACAUUUCUGGAAUUGACCUAACUCCCCGAAACCAAUAUAUAUAUAUUUUUUUACAUUUUUAGUCAUUUAGCAGACGCUCUUAUCCAGAGCGACUUACAGUUAGUGAGUGCAUACAUUAUUUUAUAUUUUAUUUUUCAUACUGGCCCCCCGUGGGAAUCGAACGCCAUGCUCUACCAACUGAGCUACAUCCCUGCCGGCCAUUCCCUCCCCUACCCUGGACGACGCUGGGCCAAUUGUGCGCCGCCCCAUGGGUCUCUUGGUCACGGCCGGCUACGACAGAGCCUGGAUUCGAACCAGGAUCUCUAGUGGCGAUGCAGUGCCUUAGACCACUGCGCCACUCGGGAGCAUAUAUACAGUACUUAUUGUUUUGCUGUUCAUAUCUCUGUUGUAUUGUGUCCCAUAAUGAACACAUUGGUCGAACACUGCCUCUCUCCAUGUGCAGCUACAUACGCCGGGGGGUGAGCCACUGGUGGAUGAAGGGAUCCACUCCCCCUCAGAUCGCUGAGAUCAUCAUCAAGCUGGUCAAAGACAUGGCUGCCGGACACCUGUCGGAUGCCUGGUCUCGGGUGACGAAGAAUGCCAUCGCUGAGACCAUCAUGGCCCUCACCAAGAUGGAAGAGGAGCAUCGCUCGCCAGUCCGUUGCAUUGCCACCACCCGGGUAUGGCUGUUCUCAUAUCACACUACCAUAUUGUGUGUGUGUGUGUGUGUGUGUGAGAGAGGUAGAGGGAAAAGGAGUGUGUGUGUGUGCUUAGCAGACCUGGGUUCAAAUACUAUUUCAAUUACUUUCACAUACAUUUCAUAGUAAGUAUUCAGAUUAAUUUCUUGAAAAUUCAAGUAGUUGAAUACUGGAAUGUAAGUAAGUAUCUAAAAUACAUGUAUUUGAAUCCAGGUCUGGUGUGUGUGUAGUGUGUGGCGGAUGUUUGUAUGUGCACAUGCACGUGUGUUAGGUUAGUGCGUGUGUUUGAGUACAUUUUUAUCCUCUCUGUCCUUUCUCUCUGUACUGUAGUUGUGGCUUGCUCUGGCCUCUCUGUGUGUGCUGGACCAGGAUCAUGUGGACAGGCUGUCCUCAGGCCGCUGGAUGGGCAAAGACGGACAGCAGAAACAGAUGGUAACUUGUCCAUAUUAGCCUCAUAGAACACGUGCAUUUUGGCAAAGCAAUAUAGACUCAAGACUUUCUCUGUUUUUUAUUAUAACCUGUUGAGAUAAUGCAUAAUUGAAUGGAUUUAAUUUAUAGCACGCAAAAUCACAUUCCUUACAAUUUUUACAUUUAGCUAUACACAUUUUAAGUUCUAGGUGGAUGAAAUGAGGGAAAGUUGUCUCGAGGUGUUCGGGUUGUAACCGUAAAGUGUCGUUGUGCUCCUGUCCACAGCCCAUGUGCGAUAACCAUGACGACGGCGAGACGGCAGCCAUCAUCCUGUGUAACAUGUGUGGUAACCUGUGUACCGACUGUGACCGCUUCCUCCACCUGCACCGACGCACGCGCUCCCAUCAGAGACAGGUCAGUAGUACCCACAUUCACCUGUAGGGGGCUAGACUGGGAGCCUGUCGAAGUGUCAAUGCUUCUUUCCACCUUGGUACCACCUGCAAUAAUGUGUAUACCAGGGUUUCCAUUAGGAUAUUUGCCACCGGACAAUGUGACCUGCAAGAUUUACAUUUACUGGACAUUUGAGAAAUAUACCGCAUGCAUUGGGUGCGUAACCCAUUAUAGGGUAUGCCCACGGAGCUCAGAAUGCAGAAAUCACAUUUAGAUUAUGGUAAUUCAAUUUAACAGAAUAGAAAUUAGCCUGUAAAGUUGGUUCAUGUAUACCAACAUGAACCAACAUGUCCCUGAUAAUUUGUCCGGCACCAAUGUUAGUUAUCCGCUUUUCCCUGGUGUAUAUACGCCCAUUUGUGAAGACCUGACCACCUAUAAAUGUUAAAGGGAUGUUCCACUCAAAAUACAAACUAACAUGUUUUUCCACCUACCUUGGCUGUAGUAGUUUCCAAGACAGUUUUUGCUUAUGCAUUUAGCUUAUUAAGGUAUUUGUUAGUCAUGCUUAGGCGUAGGCGGUAUACCAGUUAUAGCGUACACCGGGGUAUUUUGAGAUACUGACGGUACGGUUUUCAAUACCGUAUUAAAAAUAUAUAUAUAUUAUAAUAAUAGAAUACAAAUUUGGGGCGGGGGACUACGCCACUGCUUGUAACUAUAAGUUAACGCAUAAGAGUCUAAGCCCUGUCUAAGCCGGGGGAGGGGUACUACUAAGUUAUAUGGAAUUGUUUUAAGAAAUUCAUAGGAUCAUUUUGCUAUUUGAUUUAGAAUGUUAAGACCCAUUGAAGUAUAACAACAAAAUUAGAAUACAAUUAUUUGAUUAAAACAUGUAUUUGGCCAUAGUGCUAUUAGCCCAUACAAAAGCAUUGAAUAACAGAUUCACUACAUGGAACAACAGAUCAAAAGGAAGUUUGUUCUGAAGUGUCUAUCCUAUAUCCUAUACCCCUUAUUUUUUUCACUAAACAUUCUCCAUAUAUACUUCCAUUAAUCUUUUUGGCUGGUCCCAGGGGACCUUCAGACAAGUCUUGUGAGGCCUGUGGGCGUCCAAGAGUAAACAACAUGUACGUGUUCGUGAGAGACUCAUCUUUCCAUAGAGGGGUCAUAAUAGUGUGUAGGCCAAACCGAUUUUGUGAGAAGACUGAUUUUCGGGAUGUCUCAUUGUCUGGCAAACACCGCCCUAGCUCUGUCACCUUUCACCGCAGAUGCGAAAGUGUUACAGAUGCGGUGGAUUGAGAUGUAUCCAAUGCAAAAAAACUGAUACACUACAUGACCAAAAGUAUGUGGACACCUGCUCAUCGAACAUCUCAUUCCAAAGUCAUGGGCAUUAAUAUGGAGUUGGUCCCCCCUUUGCUGCUAUAACAGCCUCCACUCUUCUGGGAAGGCUUUCCACUAGAUGUUGGAACAUUGCUGCGGGGAUUAGGCCUGAUUCGCAGUCGGCUUUCCAAUUCAUCCCAAAGGUGUUCGAUUGGGUUGAGGUCAGGGCUCUGUGCAGGCCAGUCAAGUUCUUCCACACCGAUCUCGACAAACCAUUGGACCUCGCUUUGUGCCCGGGGGCAUUGUCAUGCUGAAACAGAAAAGAGCCUUCCCCAAACUGUUGCCACCAAGUUGGAAGCACAGAAUCGUCUAGAAUGUCAUUGUAUGCUGUAGUGUUAAGAUUUCCCUUCAGUGGAACUAAGGGGCUUAGCCCGAACCAUGAAAAACAGCCCCAAACCAUUAUUCCUCCUCCACCAAACUUUACAGUUGGCACUAUGCAUUGGGGCAGUUAGCGUUCUCCUGGCAUCCGCCAAACCCUUGGCAUUGUGCAUGGUGAUCUUAGGCUUGUUUGUGGCUGCUCGGCCAUGGAAACCCAUUUCAUGAAGCUGCCGACAAACAGUUAUUGUGCUGACGUUGCUUCCAGUGGCAGUUUGGAACUCGGUAGUGAGUGUUGCAACUGAGUUCAGAUGAUUUGUACGCGCUACGCGCUUCAGCACUCGGCAGUCCAGUUCUGUACCACUUUGUGGCUGAGCCGUUUUUGCUCCUAGACUUUUCCACUUCCCAAUAACAGCACUUACAGUUGACUGGGGCAGCUCUAGCAGGGCAGACAUUUUUCAAACUGACUUGUUGGAAAGGUGGCAUCCUAUGACGGUGCCACAUUGAAAGUCACUGAGCUCUUCAGUAAGGCUGUUCUACUGCCAAUGUUUGUCUAUGGGGAUUGCAUGGCUGUGUGCUCGAUUUUAUACACCUGUCAGCAACAGGUGUGUCUGAAAUAGCCAAGUCCACUCAUUUGAAGGGGUGUGCACAUCCUUUUGUAUAUCUCUAUCUUAAACUGACAGAUUGUUAUGGGGAUUUCUUUAUUAUGCUAAUUAGAUUUCCGCGGGGUGUGGACAUCAACCAUAGGGGGUUAACUAUCUAAGAUGUGCCAAAUAAAAUAUCUCCAGCUCGGGUAUCCAACUAUGCAUUUGGUUUGCUAACUUGCUAGCUAAAUGGCUAGCUUGCAAGAUCAAGCUUGGUUACAGCAGAGACAAUUAAUCCCCUCCUGGAUCAAGAUCCCUACUGCUUACAUUUGUUUUGUCCCCAAGAAUUAUAAUAAAAUGUUUUUUGUUGUUGUAGUUGUUUUGUUUGAAAAAAUAAAUAGUGCCCCUUGUGUGCACCCCGGUAAUACCAUAUACUCCCGUAUCAGAAAAGGUAGAAAGGUAUGAAAAUCUGGAUAUCGCCUAACCCUAGUCAAGUUGUUUUUUCAGUAUUACCAUUAAUUCUGAAAAUAUGUCUACAAUCCAACUCAUAUUACAUCAUCCCUUUCUGACAGGCAUGAUGUGUAAUUCAACAUGGCGGUAACCCUGGUCUCCCUGCUGUUUCUCUACAGGUGUUUAAGGAGGAGGAGGAAGCAAUCAAGGUGGACCUCCACGAGGGCUGUGGGAGGACAAAGCUCUUCUGGCUCAUGGCUCUGGCCGACUCCAAGACCAUGAAGGCCAUGGUGGAGUUCAGGGAACACACGGGUAAGAGAACUUAUUCAGAUCAUUUUCUGGCCCUGUCAAGAAAAACCCCUUAGCUAGCCAUUACCCCCUAGACACUUGUGUAGAUCUGAGAGGGACUGGAUAGAUUUAAGCAAUAUGAUGACAUUUCCACCUAGCCUAUUACCUUUCUAAUUCUUUGCAAUCAUAAGAAGUCACCGACUGUCAUGACUGUUAAUAGCAUCUGCCGUGUGAUGUUUAUGACAGAGUUAUGUAUUCCUUAUGAGCCUUCUCUCGUGCGUAGCUAAUGCUCUGCCUCUGUGUGCAGGGAAACCAGCCUCCAGCAGCUCAGAUGCCUGCAGGUUCUGUGGCACCAGGAACGGCACCGAGCUCUCGGCCGUGGGCAGUGUCUGCUCUGACCCAGACUGCCAGGUACCAAACACUCACAACAUCAGUCAUAAUGAUCAUAGUUCUGGAUUGCAUUGAUAAAACUUUUUUCAAAUUCAGGUGUUCAGAGCGCUAAACCUAAUCCAUGUACUUACCACCCACAACAUCAGUCAUAAUGAUCAUAGUAACAGAUUGGAUCUAUUAAAAGAGCUAGCUAUAGUGUUCAAAACACUUAGGCCAUACAAAUGUAAUGUAAAAAAAAAAAAAAAAAAAAAAUGUAUUAUAGUUUUUGGGGUAUUUUACCCCCUUUUACUCCCCAAUUUCGAUCUUGUCUCAUCGCUGCAACUCCCCAACUUGCGCGGGAGGCGAAGGUCGAGUCAUGCGUCCUCUGAGACAUGACCUGCCAAACCACGCUUCUUAACACCCACCCGCUUAACCCGGUAUGCAGCCACACCAAUGUGUCGUAGGAAACACAGUUCAACUGACGACCGAGGUCAGCCUGCAGGCGCCCGGCCCGCCACAAGGCGUUGCUAGAACGCGAUGAGCUAAGUAAAGCCCCCCCGGCCUAACCCGGACAACGCUGGGCCAAUUGUGCGCCGCCCUAUGUGAUUCCCGAUCACGGCCGGUUGUGAUACAGCCCGGGAACGAACUCGGGUCUGUAGUGAUGCAUAGACCGCUGCACCACUCGGAAGGCCCCACAAAUAAAAUCAUUUUUAAAGAGAGGUGAGCGAAAAAAAGAAAAAAAACAUGUGGACCCUUUUGUUAAAAUCCUAUAACGACCUUAGUUCAACACCUAGCGACCUAGUACAGAAAUUGUAGCCUCUUGGGGAGGCUAAAAGAGGCAUAGUUCAACCAUAAUCAGAGAGGGAGUUCUGUAUCUCUUUAUUGGAAGCUUGAGAACAUUAUUUUUUCUAUAAUCGUGCAAUUUAUUGUUACAACUUUUCAUAUAUGUAUAUAUUUUUUAUAUUUCAGAAAAGUGAAAACGUGCAUCCUUUAAACCAGGGGUUUGGAUCUACAUUCAUACAGUGUCCAGCUCGUGUCCAGCUCGCUAAUAAUCACCUAAAUGAAAGCUAGACAGUCAGGGACAAUGUUGGGGAACAUUAUUUUUAAAAGUAGUUACAACAUUACUUACUAUGGAAAGAAACUGGUUACAUUAUUUUUGUGUUACCAAAAACAGAAAACCCUCAUGUUGGUCAUUCAUUCCUAUGCCCAGUAGAGGGGGCACACUACCUAUGAAUGGCUACCCUCUGUAGGUUUCUCAAACUUGGUCCUGGGUGUCCCCCCCCCCACCAAUUUGUGCACAAAUUUGUUUACAUCCCUGUUAGUGAGCAUUUCUCCUUUGCCAAGAUAAUCCAUCCACCUGACAGGUGUGGCAUAUCAAGAAGCUGAUUAAACAGCAUGAUCAUUACACAGGUGCACCUUGUGCUGGGGAUAAUAAAAGGCCACUCUAAAAUGUGCAGUUUUGCCACACUGAGGAGUAUUUCUGUCUGUAAUAAAGCCCUUUUUUUGGGAAAAACUCAUUCCGAUUGGCCGGGUCUGGCUCCUCAGUGGGUGGGCCUGGCUCCCAGGCCCACACAUGGCUCGCCCCUGCCCAGUCAUGUGAAAUCCGUAGGUUAGGGCCUAAUUUAUUUAUUUUAAUAUACUGAUUUCCUUCUAUGAACUGUAAAUCAGUAAAAUCUUUGAAGUUGUUGUAUUUAUAUUUUUGUUCAAUAUACAUUAUUUAGUUUAAUUAUUUGCACACAAGUAAAUACAUAUAUAAAACCAACUGGGCACAGUAAAAGAAGAAGCUAAAAUACAAGGGCAACUGGCUACCAGUGUUGUAUUAUUUUACACACAGAUACGAACGGGGAACAGAGAUUCUAUGUAAAACUAGAUUAUAAUUUAUAUUGUCUAAUUGUAGUGACCUUUCCUUUAUGUUUAUGGCAAAGACGAGCUGGAGAAAUGUACGUUCUUAUCAACUGAGCCUAACUUGAUCACCUACGCUGUUUGCUUUAUUACCAGACAAUAAAUGGGGCACUUGCCUGAACCCGAUGAUCCUGUGUUUGUGCUUGAAUCCUGCAAGUAGCGUCGGUUAAGAUUCAAGGAGUAACAUCUGUCCUUUUCUUCUACCAAUUCAAAGUACUGUGAAUACUUCCACGAUAAAGGCUAUUGUCUCUGUCAUCUCGCUAGCUAUCUAUCUACUAGCUGCCAUGCCAGCUACCCACCACAAUGUUCGUGCAGAAAUAGGAAGCAGGAACGUAGCCUAGGGGGAGGGAUUGUUGUUUGACACCCCUGCUUUAAACAUUAAAUUACAUUUGUAUGGCCUUAGCUUACCUCAUCUGCCACAAUUGUGAAAACCCCAACUCGGUAAUAAUGAUCAUAGUAAUGGAUUUUCAAAGUGUCUAAACUUACCUUACCAGCCACCAGUGGGAAACACUCAACUUCACCUGGUUUAGGCUUGAGGUCCAUUUCAAUUCAGUCCAUUCAAUAUAUUGACAUUGAAACUCAAUAUAAGAAUUGAAAAGUGUAAUUUAUUUUAAAUUGUACUAUUCAUUAAUUUAAUUCCUCGUCACUCACUCAAUUGACCCUGACCCUGCUGUACAGUAUUGCACUGCAAAGGGUGUUGCGAUUUUAAAUGCACUUUGAAUAAAGUGGAUUUGAUUAUAUGUAUUGGGUAAAGCGCAUCAUCUGACCCUCACUCCCCUCCAUGCCCUCUGUAGGAGUAUGCCAAGCUGGCGUGCAGUAAGACCCACACGUGCGGCCACCUCUGUGGCGGGGUGAAGAACGAGAAGAGCUGCCUGCCCUGUCUGCACGGCUGCGAGAAGAACACAGGCUGCCUGAAACAGGACGCCGACGACAUGUGCAUGAUCUGCUUUACUGAGGCGCUCUCUGCCGCUCCCGCUGUCCAGGUACACUAUACUCUACACAGAAUUACAUUUUAUUUCACCUUUAUUUAAGCAGGGAGUCAUGCUGAGACCACAUUCUCUUUUGCAGAUGAGCCCUGCAUGAACACAUCAAUGAACAUCAAAUUACACAAUACAUGAAAAGCAAACACAAAACACGAAAAGCAAAACACAAUCAUAUGAAACAAACACAUUCUUCAGUAAAAAGGCCCUCUAACAUUGGCCUGAAUUGCGCUAGAGGUACCAACAACCAACUUAAAGGAGUUUUGGAGAUCUCCACUGAGUUAGGUAAAUAUGCUUAAAAAUAAAAUAAAAAAUUGCCGAUUUACGUAACUCGGUGGAGAUGGAAGGGAUCUCCAGGUUUAGCCAUCCCUGAUUCCGGGUCUGCGACCUUAUAUGUCUGAAGCUUAACAAUUUUGUAUUUGUAUUUAUUAAGGAUCCCCAUUAUCUGCUGCCAAGGCAGCAGCUGCUCUUCCUGGGGUCCAGCAACAUUAAGGCAGUUAUAUAGUCCCGUGUAGCUCAGUUGGUAGAGCAUGGCGCUUGCAACGCCAGGGUUGAGGGUUCGUUUCCCACGGGGGGCCAGUAUGAAAAAAAUAAAAAAAAUAAUUAUGCACUCACUAACUGUAAGUCGCUCUGGAUAAGAGCGUCUGCUAAAUGACUCAAAUGUAAAUGUAAAUAUACAAUUUAAAAUAUUGCAUGACAUUACAUUACAUAACACUUUUCACAACACAUUAAGUGUGUGACCUCAGACCACUACUCUACUACCACAUAUCUACAAUACAAAAUCCAUGUGUACGUGUGUGUGUAUAGUGCGUUAACAAUGACGUAAGGUACGGCAGAAGUUUAUGCAAGAGGGCUUUAUAGACAAAAAGAGCAUAAUGCAUUGAUCUAUGAGACGUCAAAGAGGGCCAGCCUACUUUCUAAUGCAAAAUGCGAAAUGAUGUGUAAUGAACCUAUCGCCCUUACUAAAGGGAAAUGCGCUAUGAUAAACUGCGUCCAAUGGCUUCAAUACUGUGGUAACUGUAUUUACAGUAUAUAGAUGAAACAAAUACUAUUAUUGAUAGUAUUAUAUUGUAUCUCUAUGAUACUAGCUUGAAUCAGACAGGGACUCGCACCUGGGUUAAAUUAGUAUCUGUUUUCUUUCAAAUACUUUUGAGUGUUUUUUUUGCCUGCCUGGAGUGCAAGAUGGGUGGAAUUUGAACUUGUGGGACUAUUAUAUUGGUUUCAAAAUAAUACAAAUACUAUUUGAACCAAGGAUUCUUGUUUGUCUUUAGGCCACAGAUGUGUUCAAGGUCAGGUUCCAAAGGUUCUGUGUGUGGUUCUGUUCUGUUCCUCAGCUGGACUGCAGUCACGUGUUCCACCUCCAGUGUACCCGUCGUGUUCUUGAGAACCGCUGGCUCGGGCCCAGGAUCACCUUCGGCUUCAUGUCCUGCCCCAUCUGCAAGGUACUAUUCAACUUAUGUAGCCCCACCCACUUGACCUGAGCCAUUUCGAAAGCGGUUGUCUUUCAACAUCCGGCCCAUUGACACACAAGCAAAACCAUAAUUAAAUAUGAGCUAAAUGUCUCAUUUCCACGUAGUAUAAGCACUUGGAAACCAACGUUAGCAUAAUUAGCAUUCCCAUAGACUUAACAUGGCGGGUUAGCUAGACUAGCUUAUUAGACUGUAUCUGAUGGUCGUUAUCCAUACAGGCUGUAUUCCUUUUCAAUCGAAGAUCAAUGCUUGAAAGGGCAAUGUUGUUAGACACAGAAUACCAAUGGGAAUAGAGAAACAGUGCUGAAAUGUUUUUAUGUAGAUAACAUGAGGAUAUUUGCAAUCUGUUGUGCUACAAAGUUAACUAGCUAACCCGCCAUUUUGAGUCUAUGGGAAUGCAAAUUAUGCUAACGUCGGCUACCGAGUGGUUAUACUACUUGAAAACGCACGUUUACAUUUUUUCAAUAUUUUUUCUGAUAAAAGCAAUUGAUGAAGGCUAGAACAUGAAGGUUUAAACAGUUACUUAAAUAAAAUUUAGUUUUUAAUAGUGAACAAGCGUUGAGCCUUGUCUUUUUCAAUAACAUUUCUCACCAGAUAAUUACCAUAUCAUUCAAAUGAUGUGCAAGUUAUUUAAUUAUUUUGACAAAUGUAAUUUAUAUCUAACAACAUCACCAGCUGUGUGUCAAUGCGCCGGAAGUUGAAAGACAACCGCAGAAAAUUGUCUGCGCCCUUGUUGCCAGGCUAUGGUGGAUAUAAACCAAUCUCCAGCAGUGGCCCCCUGGAACAUCUAGUAAUACACAGCUUCAAAUAUGGUCUAGAACAGCAGUAGUGGGAGAACAUCCCACCCAUUUUCAUUGGUUUAUCUUCCAUCUAGCCCCUCAUAAAUGCACUAAGUAUGGAUUUAAAUCUGUUUAUUGUUUCGCUGGUUUAGUUCACCAGUUUGGUUGCUUUGUAUAGAGGGCUGGCCCCUUUUCAGGUUUUUAGUCUGUUUUACUGAAAUGUACUUGUCACUAGUCUUGCACACCAGGCAUUUCUAGCCGUGUGUUUAGCAAAAAAUAAUAACUGACAGUGGUUUGAACUAACUAACAUUGUGCCAACCGAGUUAAGAAAGGAGAGAGAAUUGACUCAGACUCUUACCUGACUGGGCUGUUUUUCCUCCCAGAACAAGAUUAACCACUCGGUCAUCAAGGACCUGCUGGACCCUAUCAGGGAGCUGUUUGAGGACGUACGGAGGAAGGCUCUGAUGAGGAUGGAGUACGAGGGGCUGCACAAGAGCGAGGCCAUCACCAUGCCCGGUGCCCGCUUCCACAACGACCCGGCCGGCUUCGCAAUGAACCGAUACGCCUACUACGUCUGCUACAAGUGCAAAAAGGUAGGCACUAGGGGUGUAACGGUUCACCAAACCAAUGGUUUGGUACAUAUUGCGGUUUUAGGGUCACGUUUCGGUUACGAUACACCAGGAAAAUGAAAUGCCAACAGUUACUGUAGGUAAUUUUUGUUUAUCUAAGAAAAUGAUUACAUAUAUGAUCAUGAGUCAUAUAAAGCCUGAUAAGAAAACAUACGAUUACUCAUCAACAACACUAAAAUAAAGUGCAAUAUGCGUGUGCCAUCAAUAUGUAGACAUGGCUCAGACAUUGUGUAGGCCUAUGCUAUAAUGUUUUCUUACAAAGAGAAAAAUAGGCGCACUUGUGUGACUCUGUCAUAAAGGGGGCGUGUCUGUAGCACGGUACUUCUCAUUUCCCACUCUGUGGUAAUGUGACGGGCUGUCACUGUAAAGUAGCUCUCUGUAGCCAUGGCGGUCCAUCCAUCUGUAGAAAGUGCAAAACAGGGUGCAUUGGCCAAUUCAUUGACAACGUUGGCUUUAGCUUGCUUAUAUAGAGCGGGUACUACCUGUUUGCUGAAAUGCGUGCGAGAAGGCAAAGUGCGUAACGCGGCUCUAGCACUUUCACAAGCUUAUUCUUCUCAACCAUCGAGAAUGGGCGCAUAUCCGCGGCUAUAAACAUGUUCAUGUUUUGUAUUGAUAUGUGUAUUUGUAUUGUGCAGGGCUCCUUUGAAAAAGAGACUUGGUCUCAAUAUGACACCCUGUUAAAAUAAAGGUUAAUAAAUAAAGAUCUAAUCACAUUUUAUUUGUCACAUGCGCCGAAUACAACAGGUGUAGACCUUACCGUGAAAUGCUUACUUACAAGCCCUUAACCAACAAUGCAGUUCAAGAAAGAGUUAAGAAAAAGGUAAAAAAGAAUAAAAAAUAACACAAUAAAAUAACAAUAACGGUACCGAGUCGAGGUAAUUUAAUAAAUACCUAUCGCUCUUGUAAUUUCUUUGGCCCGGUCAGAAUCAGCUUGCGAAGGGCUGCUUGAAUGCAGAGAGGAGACUAAGUUGUGUUUUUUAUUUUUUUAUCCUUUGUUAGGAAUACUGUGUUGAUGUCGGCGUAAACGUCUCAACAUGUUUGAGGUGUUGGCAGCUGCGUAGGCUAUUCUAGUUGAGCAGUGGCAAUAUACUCUCUCUGUCUAUCUCCGUUGUAAUCUACUGGGAAGCCAAAAUGUUCCCAAACUGGAGAUUUAAACGAUGAUGGAGAAUCCUCCUGGUUUAUCGACCCCACCAGUCGCCAUCGUACAGAACUAGUUCCCGGCUGCACAAAAGGACAGUUUGAAAUGCGCCAAUUAAAGAUUUUAAUUUUGAUUACAACGUACACAUAGGCUCUAGUUGUUUUAACGGAAUAGCCUGAAAUGUUUUUUGAGCUCAGAUUUACUCAAGAGGCAUACAGCGCAGCUGGUAUAGCCUAUAGGCCUAGUGUUUUUAUAAAAAUGUAUUCACAGUGUGGACCGAACCGAGGUCCCCGUACCGAACGGUUUGGUAUGAAUACGCGUACCGUUACUCCCCUAGUAGGCAGAAUUCUGGGGCGUAUUCAUUAGGCCGAUUCUGUUGCAAAAUGUUUCUUAAAUGGAAGAAAACUAAAUGAAACAGAGGUUUUAGUUGCAAAACUGGAUGUAUACUUAAUUAGUGGUGUUUAUGGAUUUAAUACAAUUUGUGGACAGAAUGGGUCCCACUUUAAAUGACGUUCAGCUUAUAAAGGCUUCUUAAAGCCUUCAUAAUGCCUUCAUAUGUUACAAAGCAUCUAUAACCGUAUGUCAUGCUUUAAAAAGGGUUCAUAAAUGUGGCAUAACUGUGUGACACAAUCACCAAUGUCAAAUGUGACAUAACCCUUUAUAAAGGGUUGACAUGUUCUGCUGAAGGAUGGAAUACACUCUAAAGUGAUGUCAUGUUAGUCACAUUACAUUAAAAUCACAUUUUAAGAUAAAUUGUGGAAAUGGCCAUAAUUAUGACUUUUUUACUAUGUUAAAUAACACUAAUAUGUGAGAACAAUAUUUUCUGUGAAGAAAUGUUUAAUUUUGGCGUUAUAAUAAGGUUGGUAGCAACAUGUUGCAGCUCAAGUCGACCACAAAAUCCACAAUGCAAUGCUCUCUCUAUGGGCUGGCUAGCUAACUAGCAAACGUAGCUACACACAAUAAUACCAAAGACAAUAUCAGCAUGUGAAGUAGCUAGUUACAUUGACAUUACAUUUUCGUCAUUUAGCAGACGCUCUUAUCCAGAGCGAAAUUGGUGCAUUCACCCUAUGAUAGCCAGUGGGACAACCACUUUACAAUAUAUAUCUUUUUUUGGGGGGGUGGGGUAAGGGGGGGUAGAAGGAUUACUUUAUCCUAUCCCAGGUAUUCCUUAAAGAGGUGGGGGUUCAAGUGUCUCUGGAAGGUGGUGAGUGACUCCGCUGUCCUGGCGUCGAGAGGGAGCUUGUUGCACCAUUGGGGUGCCAGAGCAGCGAACAGUUUUGACUGGGCUGAGCAGGAACUGUGCUUCCGCAGAGGUAGGGGGGCCAGCAGGCCAGAGGUGGAUGAACGCCCUCGUUUGGGUGUAGGGACUGGUCAGAGCCUGAAGGUACGGAGGUGCCGUUCCCCUCACAGCUCCGUAGGCAAGCACCAUGGUCUUGUAGCAGAUGCGAGCUUCAACUGUAAGCCAGUGGAGUGUGCGGAGGAGCGGGGUGACGUGAGAGAACUUGGGAAGGUUGAACACCAGACGGGCUGCAGCGUUCUGGAUGAGUUGUAGGGGUUUAAUGGCACAGGCAGGGAGCCCAGCCAACAGCGAGUUGCAGUAAUCCAGAUGGGAGAUGACAAGUGCCUGGAUUAGGACCUGUGCCGCUUCCUGUGUAAGGCAGGGUCGUACUCUGCGAAUGUUGUAGAGCUUGAACCUACAGGAUCGGGUCACCGCCUUGAUGUUAGCGGAGAACGACAGGGUGUUGUCCAGGGUCACGCCAAGGCUCUUUGCACUCUGGGAGGAGGACACAACGGAGUUGUCAACCGUGAUGGCGAGAUCAUGGAACGGGCAGUCCUUCCCCGGGAGGAAGAGCAGCUCCGUCUUGCCGAGGUUCAGCUUGAGGUGGUGAUCCGUCAUCCACACUGAUAUGUCUGCCAGACAUGCAGAGAUGCGAUUUGCCACCUGGUUAUCAGAAGGGGGAAAGGAGAAGAUUAAUUGUAUGUUGUCUGCGUAGCAAAGAUAGGAGAGGCCAUGUGAGGAUAUGACAGAGCCAAGUGACUUGGUGUAUAGCGAGAAUAGGAGAGGGCCUAGAACUGAGCCCUGGGGGACACCAGUGGUGAGAGCACGUGGUGCGAAGACGAUUCUCACCACGCUACCUGGUAGGAGCGACCUGUCAGGUAGGACGCAAUCCAAGAGUGAGCCGCGCCGGAGAUGCCCAACUUGGAGAGUGUGGAGAGGAGGAUCUGAUGGUUCACACUAUCAAAGGCAGCAGACAGGUCUAGAAGGACGAGAGCAGAGGAGAGAGAGUUAGCUUUAGCAGUGCGGAGAGCCUCCGUGACAGAGAGAAGAGCAGUCUCAGUUGAAUGACCAGUCUUGAAACCUGACUGGUUUGGAUCAAGAAGGUAAUUCUGAGAGAGAUAGCAAGAGAGUUGGCUAAAGACUGCAUGCUCAAGAGUUUUGGAGAGAAAAGAAAGAAGGGAUACUGGUCUGUAGUUGUUGACAUCGGAGGGAUCGAGUGUAGGUUUUUUGAGAAGGGGUGCAACUCUCGCUCUCUUGAAGACGGAAGGGACAUAGCCAGCGGUCAAGGAUGAGUUGAUCAGCGAGGUGAGGUAAGGGAGAAGGUCUCCGGAAAUGGUCUGGAGAAGAGAGGAGGGGAUAGGGUCAAGCGGGCAGGUUGUUAACAAUAAAUGAGUGUGGAGAGGAGGAUCUGAUGGUUCACAGUAUCAAAGGCAGCAGACAGGUCUAGAAGGACAAGAGCAGAGGAGAGAUAGUUAGCUUUAGCAGGGAGGAGAAUGUGGCAAAGAGCUUCCUAGGGUUAGAGGCAGAUGCUUGGAAUUUAGAGUGGUAGAAAGUGGCCUUAGCAGCAGAAACAGAUGAAGAAAAUGUAGAGAGGAGGGAGUGAAAAGAUGCCAGGUCCGCAGGGAGUCUAUUUUUCUUCCAUUUCCGCUCGGCUGCCCGGAGCUCUGUUCUGUGAGCUCGCAAUGAGUCAUCAAGCCACGGAGCUGGAGGGGAGGACCGAGCCGGCCGGGAGGAUAGGGGACAUAGAGAGUCAAAGGAUGCAGAAAGGGAGGAGAGGAGGAUUGAGGAGGCAGAAUCAGGAGAUUGGAGGGAGAAGGAUUGAGCAGAGGGAAGAGAUGAUAGGAUGGAAGAGGAGAGAGUAGCGGGAGAGAGAGAGCGAAGGUUGCGACGGUGCAUUACCAUCUGUGUAGGGGCAGAGUGAGUAGUGUUGGAGGAGAGGGAGAGAGAAAAGGAUACAAAGUAGUGGUCGGAGACUUGGAGGGGAGUUGCAGUGAGAUUAGUAGAACAACAGCAUCUAGUAAAGAUGAGGUCAAGCGUAUUGCCUGCCUUGUGAGUAGGGGGGGACGGUGAGAGGGUGAGGUCAAAAGAGGAGAGGAGUGGAAAGAAGGAGGCAGAGAGAAAUGAGUCAAAUGUAGACGUAGGGAGGUUGAAAUCCCCCAGAACUGUGAGGGGUGAGCCAUCCUCAGGAAAGGAACUUAUCAAGGCGUCAAGCUCAUUGAUGAACUCUCCAAGGGAACCUGGAGGGCGAUAGAUGACAAGGAUAUUAAGCUUAAAUGGGCUAGUGACUGUGACAGCAUGGAAUUCAAAUGAGGAGAUAGACAGAUGGGUCAGGGGAAAAAUGUAGAAUGUCCACUUGGGAGAGAUGAGGAUUCCUGUGCCACCACCCCGCUGACCAGAUGCUCUCGGGGUAUGCGAGAACACAUGGUCAGACGAGGAGAGAGCAGCAGGAGUAGCAGUGUUUUCAGUGGUAAUCCAUGUUUCCGUCAGCGCCAAGAAGUCGAGGGACUGGAGGGUAGCAUAGGCUGAGAUGAACUCUGCCUUGUUGGCAGCAGAACAGCAGUUCCAGAGGCUGCCUGAGACCUGGAACUCCACGUGGGAGAUGCGUGCAGGGACCACCAGGUUAGAGAGGCAGCAGCCACGCGGUGUGAGGCGUUUGUGUAGCCUGUGCAGAGAGGAGAGAACAGGGAUAGGCAUAGGCAUAGUUGACAGGCUGCAGCAGAUGGCUACAAUAAUGCAGAGGAGAUCGGAAUGAAAUGAACUAAACAUCUGGGAAAGGAGAGAGUGGGGCCUCCCUUACCACAACUCCCAAAUAUAACUCUCCCAACUUCCACCUCAGAAACUAUAAUUGUUGUAAACUACAGCGGUUCAAUGUUUUCUAGGAAUAGACUAACUUAGUUUAUUCAGCUAGCUAACUAGGUGCAGUAUUAUUCCGUGAAAAACGUCCGGGCACCUCGUCAUAAGACGCCACAGCCAGCUAGCAUGCCGGACUCCAACAACACGGUUUAGCGCCAAUACUCGGCCACAACAAACCACCAGUGUAUCAACACGCAAGCAGAUCGUUCGUGUCCGUGUCUAACGUUGUGGGUUAGUCCCGACAGCUUGAGCGUGUCCGUCGUCGACUUAUUCAGCCAGUUAGUUAGCUAGAAUAGUUAGCAAACUAGCUAGCCAUUGCUUUCAGACAAAGAAGAACCCCUCCUUUCACGGCACGAACACACAGAGAGAGCCAAACUAACGUUAACUAGUCACCCAUGUCCCGAAUUCCUUGAACGACUCAGGCUAUCAAUAUGUAAAAAACAAAAAAACACAAAUGUAGGUUAUGACUUACCCCUAGCAGCUACUGUUAGCUAGCCAAGUGCAAAGCUAGCCACUGAAUUGACCCAGCCAGUUCGCGUCUGUUCGCUCGGUCGUUCCAGCUAUUGUUUUGUCGAUUUAGCAAGAGUGUUGUCGUGUGAAUUUUAAAUUGUAAAAAUAAUGAAAAACUUCUAAAUAGUGAGCUAUACCAUUGAGAAUACAGUAGCAGCCGGCAUACAUUUUCCCUACAUGGAAUGUUUCGGAAAGUAAUAUCUUUCACAGAUGUCUGUCAGUCAGUUUCACUUGUCUCUAAUAAACUUCUUUCGGGAGGCUUAUUCCCUGACCCCUUCCCUUCCUUCCUCUGUUGCAGGCGUAUUUUGGGGGAGAGGCACGCUGUGACGCGGAGGCAGGACAGGGAGACGAUUAUGACCCCAGCGAGUUGAUCUGUGGAGCAUGCUCAGAUGUGUCCAGGGCACAGGUGGGUGGAGGGAAAGGUCCAGAGAAGGCCUUAGGGCAGCGUAUCCCAAACUCAGUCCUCGGGACUCCAAGUGGUGCACGUUUUGGUUUUUGCCCUAACACUACACAGCUGAUUCAAAUGAUCAAAGCUUGAUGAUUAGUUGAUUAUUUGAGUCAGCUGUGUAGUGCUAGGGCGAAAACCAAAACGUGCACCCCUUAGGGUCCCGAGGACCGAGUUUGGGAAACCCUGCCUUAGGGCGUUAACUGCAUUGGGCUGUGUGACAUCAUCCACACUAGCAUACUGCUUAGUAUGGCCAAUACGUUGCUGAAUACUUGGUAAUAUCCGAGUUUGAAUAGUGGGACACAUCUUGACACUCCUGAACUCCUGACAGUAUCACUUAAUAUGAGGACAUUGUAUGACAAUUUUUUUUCCAAUACUAGGUUGUUUAUUGUCCAUUUCAAUAGAAAUUCAUUUUGUGACCUCUGCAAAACAUUUAAAUACUAAAUACACAAAAUCAAUACAAUAUAAUAUGUUACAAUACAAUUGACACACUAUCCCUGAAAAGUGAUAUACAGUGCAUUGGGAAAGUAUUCAGACCCCUUCCACAUUUUGUUACGUUACAGCCUUAUUCUAAAAUAGAUUAAAUUAUUUGUUUUCUCAUCAAUCUACACAGAAUACCCCAUAAUGACAAAGCGAACACAGGAUUUUAGAAUUUUUUUCUAAUUUAUUUAAAAUAAAAAACUGAAAUAUCACAUUCACAGUGCAUUCGAAAAGUAUUCAGACCCCUUGACUUUUUCCAAAUGUUGUUACCGUUAUAGCAUUAUUCUAAAAUUGAUUAAAUAAAAACAUUUCAUCAUCAAUCUACACACAAUACCACAUAAUGACAAAGCGACAACAGGUUUUUAGACAUUUUUGCAAAAAUAAAAUAAAAAUAAAUAAAAAACAGAAAUAGCUUAUUUACAUAAGUAUUCAGACCCUUUGCUAUGAGACUCGAAAUUGAGCUCAGUUGCAUCCUGUCUAUAUAAGGUCCCACAGUUGACAGUGCAUGUCAGAGCAAAAACCAAGCCUCUGAGACAGGAUUGUGUCGAUGCACAGAUCUGGGGAAGGGGACCAAAAAAUGUCUGCAGCAUUGAAGGUCCUCAAGAACAGUGGCCUACAUCAUUCUUAAAUGGAAGAAGUUUGGAACCACCAAGACUCUUCCUGGAGCCGCCGCCUGGCCAAUUUGAGCAAUCGGGGGUGAACGGCCUUAGUCAGGGAGGUGACCAAGAACCCAAUGGUCACUCUGACAGAGCUCCAGAGUUCCUCUGUGGAGAUGGGAGAACCUUCCAGAAGGACAACCAGCUCUGCAGCACUUCACCAAUCAUGCCUUUAUGGUAGAGUGGCCAGUUGGAAGCCACUCCUCAGUAAAACGCACAUGACAGCCCGCUUGGAGUUUGCCAAAAGGCACCUAAAGACUCUCAGACCAUGAGAAACAAGAUUCUCUGGUCUGAUGAAACCAAGAUUGAACUCUUUGGGUUCUUGGUCACCUCCCUGACCAAGGCCCUUCUCCCCCGAUUGCUCAGUUUGGCCGGGCGGCCAGCUGUAGGAAGAGUCUUGGUGGUUCCAAACUUCUUCCAUUUAAGAAUGAUGGAGGCCACUGUGUUAUUGGGGAUUUUCAAUGCUGAAGAAAUGUUUUGGUACCCUUCCCCAGAUCUGUGCCUCGACACAAUCCUGUCACGGAGCUCUACGGACAAUUCCUUCGACCUCAUGGCUUGGUUUUUGCUCUGACACGCAAUAUCAACAGUGGGACCUUAUAUAGACAGGUGUGUGCCUUUCCAAAUAAUGUCCAGUCAAUUGAAUUUACCACAGGUGGACUCCAAUCAAGUUGUAGAAACAACUGAUGGAUGAUCAAUGGAAACAGGAUGCACCUGAGCUCAAUUUCGAGUCUCAUAGCAAAGGGUCUGAAUACUUCUGUAAAUAAGCUAUUUCUGUUUUUGAAUGUUUAUAAAUUAGCAAAAAUGUCUAAAAACCUGUUGCCGCUUUUUCAUUAUGGGGUAUUGUGUGUAGAUUAAUGAGGAUUUUUAUUUAUUUAAUCCAUUCUAGAGUAAGGCUGUAACGUAUCAAAAUGUGGGAAAAGUCAAGGGUUCUGAAUACUUUCCAAAUGCACUGUAUACUGUAAUAUUAAUAUAACACAUCCAUGUUCCAUCUGCAGAUGUGCUCCAAACACGGGACAGACUUUCUGGAGUACAAAUGCCGGUACUGCUGCUCGGUGGCCGUGUUCUUCUGCUUCGGCACCACUCACUUCUGUAACGCCUGCCAUGAUGACUUCCAGAGGAUGACCAGCGUGCCCAAGGAGGAGCUGCCUCACUGUCCUGCAGGUACAGACUUACUGUGCAAAAUGCAUCAUCAUGGCAGUUUUUGCUCUGUACUGAAAGUGCUCCAUCUUGAAGACUUGGCUGCUGACAUCCACACUUUUUUGGGAUUGUAUUUAACAGUGAACAGAAUUAACUAAAUACUGAACAAAAUACUAAAAUAUGAAAUUCAAAUAAAAUCAACGUUUAUUGAUCGCGUACACAGUUUUGCAGAUGUUAUCGCAGUUGCAGCGAAAUGCUUAAGUUUCUAGCUCCAACAAUACAGCAAUAUCUAGCAUUACAAUAACAAUAGGGAAAUGGGAUACCUAGUCAGUUGCACAAUUGAAAGCAUUCAACCAAAAUGUGUCUUCCGCAUUUAACCCAACCCCUCUGAAUCAGAGAGGUGCGGGGGGCUGCCUUAUUGGACGUCCACGUCAUCGGCGCCUAGGGGAGCAGUUGUUGUUAACUGCUUGCUCAAGGGCAGAACGGCAGAUUUUUCCACCUUAGCUGCUCGGGGAUUCGAACCAGCAACCUUUCGGUUACUGGCCCAACGCUCUUAACCGCUAAGCUACCUGCAUACACACAUAACAUUUAAAAAAGGACAAGAAAUUAAGACAUACUGUAUCAAAACGAGCAAUAUCAGAACGAGUCCGGAAUAUAAAUACAUAUACAUUAUAUGUACAGUGCAUUUGAUUAAAUAAAUAAAAAUCCUCAUCAAUCUACACACAAUACCCCAUAAUGACAAAGCGAAAACAAGUUUGUAGAAAUGUUUGCAAAUAUAUUAAAAAUAAAAACCUGGGGUUAAGCUGACCUGGGGGUACCUGACCUAUCCACAGGGGGGUACUCAUAAGAACGUUGGCUUUAUGAUCAGGGGGUUCUUCAGGCAGAGCAAAAUAAGAUUGGAGGUUCACAAAGAGGUGGAAAACCACUGGUUUACAACAGCGACCCGGGAAGCGUUACAGUGGAAAAGAGAAGGGAUGAAUGAGCCAAUUGGUGGCAGGGGAUGAUUAGGUGGCUCCCUGUGAAGAAAAUAAAUAAAUCUCCCUUUGAAUCAUUCAGACCAAGGGUCUGUUUCGAAGGUCUGUUAAAAUAGUGAUGACAUUGUAAUUCCAAGCUGAUGUUGUUCGAUGCUCUUUGACAUACUGUAGUUCAGAGGUGCUGCUCAGUGCUUAGCUCAAGUCGUUGAGGGCUGCCACAGCGUCUGCUGAUUUGACCCUGUUGGCAAUAUCAUUGAUUGGCCAGAGUCAGACCUCUGGCCUCCACAUCUAAAUCAGUGACUGGGAACCAACAGAGGUUCUUCAAAUACAAUGAAUGGAAUGACAAACAAUUUCAAAGGGGCAAAUUUUCACUUUGUCUCCCAUUGACAUCAAUGCAUGACUAAGGUGGAAUCAAGCCAAACUCCUCAUUGUUCUCCUUGCGUUCCCAGGUCCAAAAGGCAAGCAGUUGGAGGGGACGGAGUGCCCCUUGCACGUGGUUCACCCACCCACCGGCGAGGAGUUUGCCCUGGGCUGUGGAGUGUGCAGGAACGCCCACACGUUCUAA